AUGCCUACUGACCAUAAAACAUCAGAAGACUGUAGUGUGUCUCCUACGUGUAGCAGCUUGAACCAGUUGGCCAAUGAGGUGUUUUAUUCAGACUCUGAGGAGCCUAAACACAUGAUCCAUUCAUUAUCUGAGAAUGGACUUCUUGGAACGCCUCUGAGACCUACUGCACCAAAGCCUCAGAGCCCCAGCACGGAAUUGUACAAGUCUAGUAUCUCUAUCCAUUCCCCGAACCAUCUCAGCACUUUAUCCCUUAGCUCGAUGGAGAGUGAUGAAAGAACUGAGAUAGCACUCCCAAAGGUUGAUCGGAGCCCCUACUUUUAUAAAGACACCAAAAAGUCAGUGUAUUCUGAUGAUGGCAAUGAGGAUAGUGGAGUCAGCAGCCACUCUCAAUUGAGUCUCAAUGUUGUCAGUGAAGAAAAACAAGAGGAGGUAAGAACCUUUUCCAUGUCUAGAGGGGUAAACUUGGGUAUUUAUUGUAUAUAUGCCUUCACAAUCACUAGUGGGGUGUUUUGAAGUAAAGGUAUGUUUUUCUUCUUAUGUAUAGCAAGUUCUGGCAGUCAAAACCUAGAUCAUCAGGCCAAAUUGAGGAUGUCCUACUUUAACAUAAUAAUUUGAAUGAAAUGAGUGAUCCAGUGAAAUAAUUAUUUUAUUUAUUUAUUUCAGAACAUUUAAGUUGUCUGUUGCCAUAAAAUAAUGUAGGUCAAUUGUUGAUCCAGACUUCCUCCUUGUUUUUUUUAAUUUUUUUUAGAGUGUCUGUCGUCAUUUAUGCAGCUUUUUGUUGUCAUAAAAUGUGAAUAUUGAGUUUUAGUUCUGUCAAAGGGAAGCACCGUUGCCUUUGGCUCUGAUCGUUUAACUUUGGCAAUGUUAGGGGUGUGGAAGCGCAGAAUAUAAUUUUCUUCUAAAACUUCUGGUGUAAACCUCUGGUGGAUAUCCAGAUAUUUUGUAUAAGGAAAACAUUAAAUCACUGUAACCUACAGAGUAAGUCCUAAGGCUGCAUUAGUUCAGUGUGUGCAUGUGAGCUGUAGCCUCAUCCCACGAGGUGUAAAGUAAUGUAUGUACGUAGGGAGAGUGCUACAGCUGUAACAGUCAUGUGAUUUUGUGCAUGCAGCACUGGGCUGUUAACAUUUUAGUACAGGACCUUUCAAGAAAACUAUUUCAGGGCAGGAAAUUGACCUGUUAUCAAUGUGACUUUGCUAUUAAAGGGCUACUCUAACCACCUUAACCACAUCUGUUUUUUGAAGUGGUUAUGAAGGAAGCAAUCAGUAUGUUCAGCAUUUCUGCUUGAAACAUUGCACAUACAGAGAUAUCUUCACUUUUGUGUGGGGGGCUAGUUGCAACCCUGGCGCAGGUGACUUAGACAGCCCAGAACUAUGCUCUGGACUGCAUAAUAUCAGUUCAGUGCUAAACUAUGUGUGACAGAUAUUAUGUGCUUCUACAUUGCUGGAAGCACACCUGUUAUUGGAAGCUUCAGUGUCCUCUCCUAACCUUCCUUAUUUCAUCUGUCUUCGACUCCCUGCAUUACUUAAUUUUUUUGUUUGUUUUUUUUACAUUUUUUUUUUCUUUUUAAAUAUAUAUUCCCUCUCUCACUUACCCGGCUCAGAGCGUGCACAAGUGUUCUGAGCUAGUGCGAACAGUCCAAUCAAAUGCUUCUCUGUGAGAAGCAUUUGAAUGGACCUCGCAAGGGAAUCGUGUACGUUGUAUGUGGAGUCGAAACUAGCAUGGGUAUUUUCACCCAGCUCUGGAUUCCAGGUAAGUUUAAAUCUUAAUAUACAGUAUAUAUGUAUGCAGGGCCGCCAUCAGAAAUUUUGGGCCCAUGACAAAGCACAAGGUCUGGGCCCUCCCUCCUCCCGGGCCCGCCCACGCCCUACCUAGUCCGCUCACAAUGAUGCAGGACUGAAUGUGGUGUGUGUGUGUGUGUAUAGUGGAAGUGAAUUAGAAUGUGUGUAAUGGAUGUAGUGUUUGUGUGUAUUAGAUACUGUUUGUGCAGUGAAAGCAGAGUUUGUGUUUGUGUAGCGGAUGCAGUGUGUAUAGUGAACGCAGAGUGUAUUUGAGUAGUGGAUGUAGUGUGUGUACAGUGAUGUAGUGUGUGUUUGUGUAGUGGAUGUAGUGUUUGUAUGUACUAGAUGAAAUGUGUUUAGUGGAUGCAGUGUCUGUAGUGUGUGUAUUAGACGCAGUGUCUGUGUAUAGUGAAUGCAGAGUGUUUCAAUUUGUGGUGGAUGUAGUGUGUGUACUGUGAAUACAGGAUGUUUGUGUAGUGGAUGCUGUGUGUAUGUAUGUUUAGUGUAGUGAAUGCAGAGUGUGUGUCAGUAUAGUGAAUCCAGAGUGUUAGUGUGUAAUGAAUGCAGAGUGUGUGUUAGUGUGUAAUGAAUGCAGAGUGUGUGUUAGUGUGUAGUGAAUGCAGAGUGUGUGUAAAUUUGUAGUGAAUGCAGAGUGUGUGUACAUUUAUAGUGAAUGCAGAGUGUGUGUAAAUUUGUAGUGAAUGCAGAGUUUGUGUAAAUGUGUAGUGAAUGCAGCGUGUGUGUUAAUGUGUAGUGGAUGCAGAGUGUGUGUUAGUGUGUAGCGGAUGCAGAGAGUGUGUUAGUGUGUAGCGGAUGCAGAGAGUGUGUUAGUGUGUAGCGGAUGCAGAGUGUGUAUUAGUGUGUAGCGGAUGCAGAGUGUGUGUAGCGGAUGCAGAGUGUGUGUGUUUUGUUAGUGUAUGCAGUGUGUUUUGUUAGUGUAUGCAGUGUGUUGUGUUAGUGUAUGCAGUGUGUGUGUGUGUUGUGUUAGUGUAUGCAGUGUGUUGUGUUAGUGUAUGCAGUGUGUUGUGUUAGUGUAUGCAGUGUGUGUGUGUGUGUGUGUGUGUGUGUGUGUGUGUAAAUGUGUGAUCUGGGGGGGAGGGGGAGGAAGGGGCAUUUUAACAUUAAUUUUUUAUUAAUUUAAUUAAAUGUUUCUCUCCCCUCCCUGCUUACUUAUUUCCAGGGAGGGGGGAGAUUACAUCCCUGGUGGUCCGGGCUCCCUGUUACCGCAGAGGGGGCCCAGGCAGCACACAGCUUCUCCUCUAUUCUAAUAACUCUUGCGAGACCUGGUUACCAUGGCAACGCUCCGCGGGUCUCGCAAGAGUUAUGAGAAGAGAGAGGAGAGGAGAAGCUGUGUGCUGCCUGGGCCCCCUCUGCGGUAACAGGGAGCCGGGGGCCCGCGGCUGCCCACAUAGAUAGCGAUAUUCGCUAUCUAUGUGUUCAGAGAAAGAAAGUGGGGCCCAGGCCCCCCAGGGCCGCCGAGCCCGUGACAACAGUUGUCACCCCCUGAUGGCGGCUCUGUGUGUAUGUAUGUAUGUAUAUGUAUGUAUGUGUGUAUAUAUAUAAUAUUCGCCACGAAGAAAGGCACACGCUGGGCUUUUUGAAGAAAAGUAUGUCUUUAUUCAUAACUCACGGGUUACAGCAAAUCGACGUUUCAGUCCAUCAUAGGACUUUCAUCAUAUUUUUUAUAUAUAUAUUUUCUCUCUAUCCAAAGUCUCCUUGCACACAGGCUAAAAGAUAUGAAAUAUUACCGGGUGCUGGGCCUGGUCAUACAGACAUGUAGAGUGGAAGGAGUUGGUCCGCAAUCUUGGUGUUAUAAAAUAUAACUUUUAUUAAUUUACAUUAAAAUAUGCAAAGUUCGUCAACAUUUCAGUCCCGGUUUGGGACUUUCCUCAGGACAGCAUCUGUCAGCAUGCUAUCCUGCAUGUAUAUGUGUGUAUGUAUAUAUAUGUGUGUGUGUAUAUGUAUGUAUCUCUAACGGUUACUCUAAGGGUCAUACCCACUAUAGUCUGCUAUAUGUGUGUGUGUGUGUGUGUGUGUAUGUGUGUGUGUGUGUAUAUAUAUAUAUUUAUUGCCCAAAAGGGAAUUAUACAUUUUAAAAAAAUAAUAAUUUAAAAAGAAUUAUAGUAACCAUUUAACUCCCUUUUAGUGAAUAAUUGAGCUUAUCUUUCUUUUUGAUGAUUGAGAUAUACCAGCAUUUUAAUAUUACUUGUGGGGAAAAAAAGACCAAAUAGAUACAUUUAUUAAAGGGACACUCCAGGCACCCAGACCACUUCUGCCCAUUGGAGUGGUCUGGGUGCCAACGCCCACUACUCUUAACCAUGCAAGUGUAAUUAUUGCAGUUUUUUAUAAACUGCAAUAAUUACCUUGCAGGGUUGACUCCACCUCUGGUGGCUGUCUACUAGACAGCCAAUAGAGGGCACUUACUCCUUCAUAGCACAGAAAACCUGUGCUAGAGCGUCGCUGGACAUCCUCACGCUGUGUGAGUACCUCCAGCGUCGCUCAAUUCCCCAUAGGAAAGCAUUGAAAAGCAUUUUCAAUGCUUUCCUAUGGGGAACUCUAAUGCAUGCGCAUUAGGUCUCCCCGGCCGGUGGGCGGGAUCAGCCCCUGGUAAGUUACUGAAGGGGUUUUCACCCUUUCAGCAACCGGGGAUUGGGGGAUGGGAGAGAGAGGGGACCUGCAGUGUCAGUAAAACUGAUUGUUUUCCUGGCACUGGAGUUUCCCUUUAAUAAAAUCUCCUGACAUAAAACCAACCAUGUUUUCACAAGGUCCUUGGUUAACUCCACCAGCACUGAACAUCAAGUGUCUUCCCUCUUGUUCAACUGGUUUGCCAUUUGUGCAGUUUGAUUUGGUUGUGUGAUUGGUGGUUUGGUGUGCUGUGUUAUGGGGAGUGGAAACUGUGUUUUGCUGCAGUUAAAAUGUUGUUGCAGUUAGUGACUAAUCACACAGAAGUUAUGAUAGAAGUCUGUUAUGAUAGAAAAAGUUGCUAUUUUUCUUCCCCAAUAUAUUUGCCUACAUUUUUUAAGUAAUGUGUUCAGACAUAUUAUGUGUUUAUCUAAAGAGAAUUGUGUGAUUUAUAGCCGGUUUAUUGCAGAACUGUAAUGAUACGACAAACACACACACACACACAAUUUUGAAGCUCAGAGAAUGUAGUAGUUUUAUUUUUUAUUUUUAGAACACCUCAACCAAUCAAAAAUUACAGUGUAUACAAUCAUACACUGCAUAAGACCGUCACAACGUCAAGGUACCCCAAUCUUGGUCUUUCCUAGCAACUGAAUGCCUGCUCUGAGAUUAUCCCACCUACUUUGGAAAUCCUUCCCUGUGGGACUCUCUGCAGUGCAAGGUUACAUAGGGCCCUGGCACAAAGGCACCUGUGACAACGAUUUUAAUUUUUUUUGUAGAUAAUCCUAAUUACAAAUAGAAAAGUGAUGCUGUUUUCAUUGUGCGAAGAAAAAAAAAUGGGCUACAUUUUAAAUUAUUAGAAGAAUUGGUGAACUAUAGCAAUCUAAAUUGAAAUUUGUUUAGUGCUUUCUUGUCUGACUUUCAUGAUCUGUGAUGUUGAACAAUAUUUGCAGUGUUAUUGCCCCCAAGUGGCUAAUGUAGUUAAUGCAAGGAAUCCCAUUCACAGUGUUAGAGUGUAGCCUUUCUGUUUCUUCACUUGUCAUUUACUACUAAUUUCAGAGGAUGUUGUAAGAUCCUCAACGUGGAAGGUUUAUACAAGUCUACACAUAUGUCAUAAAUGCUCAAUGACUUUUAUCAAACCAUUAUGUGUGAAUUGGAAUUUGGAAAGUACGUCACUGACUAGAUGGGUCUUAUCUCCUGAAAUUUUUUUUUUUUUUUUACCAUGCUGGUAGCUCAGCUGUGUGUUUUAAUUGGUGCCUCCGCUUCUAGAACCACCAUGAUUGUAGAUGGUCACUGUGCUACGUCUGCUAGAAAUAUUUAUGAGAUCAGCUCCAGUAAAACUAUUUAUUAGCAAAAUGAUAUAAAGGUAGAAGAAUGUGGCCUUGCGGCGCGGAACGCGGGACAGGAACCUCUGUUUCCUGUACCCGGCCGCCGGCGGACUGACAGGAAGUGCUCACUUUAAGUCAGGCGGCCGGGUACAGGAAACAGAGGUAGGGGAGGGGGGUAGGCAAGGACUACAGGGGGAGGGGGGAGGCAAGGACCACAGGGAGGGGGGGGCAAGGACCACGAGGGGAGGGGGUAGGCAAGGACCACAAGGGGAGGGAGGGGGUAGGCAAGGACCACAGAGGGAGGGAGGGGGGUAGGCAAGGACCACAGGGUGAGGGAGGGGCGGGGCGACCACAGGGUGAGGGGAGGGGGGGAGGCAGGACCACAGGAGGGGAGGGGGGGUAGGCAAGGACCACGGGGAAGGUAGGACCACAGGGGGGGGAGGUAAGGACCACCAGGAGAGGGGAGGGGGGUAGGCAAGGAUCACAGGGGGAGGGGAAGGGAGGAGGGAGGUAAGGACCACCAGGGAAGCGGUGGUAAGGACCACCAGGGAAGGGGGGUAUGGAACACAAGGGGAUUGGAGGGGGGUAGGUAAGGACCACAGGGGGAGGGGGGGGAGGGAAGGACCACCAGGGGAGGGGGGUAAGGACCGGGGGAGGUAGUGACGCACCACAGGGGAGGGGAGGUAAGGACCAACAGGAGGUGGGUAAGGACCGAGGGAGAGGUAAUGACCACCGGGGAGGAAGGGGGGGAGUAAGGACCACUGGGGAGGAAGGGGGGAGUAAGAACCACUGGAGGAAGAGAGGGGGGAGAAGGACCACUGGGGAGGGGGUGGGGGAGCAAGGACCACUGAGGAGGAGGGGAGGUCCUCUAAGGGGGUUUGGGAGAGGGAGGACCACUAAGGGGGAAAGGACCACCAAAGGGGAUAAGUAGGGAGUGACCACUAAGGAGAUGGGAGGAGAGUAAGGACCACUAAGAGGGGGGGAAGAGAGAGGAUAAUGACCACUGGGGGGGGAGGAGGGGAAUGUCUACUAAGGGGGUUGGGAGAGGGAGGACCACUAAGGGGAGGGAUGGAGGACCACUAAAGGGGAAAGGGGGGAGUGAGAAGAGCACCAAGGGGUGACUACAGGGGGCCAAGGGAGAGCACUAAGGGACAGGAGGGAAGGGGAAAUCAAUAAUUGACAGGAGGGUGAGCACUAUGCAAAAAAUUAAAAAAAUAAAGAGCUGCUCCCCUCUGUCCCUAUCCUACCCCACAAACCCUCUCUUUUACACUACACACAUACACAAUGCACCCCCCCCCACACACACACACACACACAGAAACAUACAAUGCAUUCCUACUCACACACAGACACACCCGAAACACACAAUGCAUCCCUUACGUUCACACAAACUCCUUCUCUUACACACAGAAACAAAAUGCAUCUCUUACACAAUCAAUGCACCCCUUACAGACACACACUGCAUUCAAUUAAAUACACAGAAACACACCUUGCACCCCUUACACACAAACACACCCAGAAACAUACAAUGCAUUCCUUACACGCAAACACACACUACAUCCCUUACAGAAAUUGGUAUCCCUAUACACUACAUUCUAUAAGAACACACACAUGUUGCAUCCUCUACAAUAACACAUAAAACAUCCCCUACACACAUACACUCCACUUCCUGUGAGAGAACUCACGGGUGGGCCAUGUAGGUGGAUUUAUGGGUGGGCAUUGUAGGCAUACUCACGGUCAAGCCCUGGGGGCCCAGACCUUGAGCUGUGUAAGGGGCCCUAAAAAAUGGAGCUGCUUCCUGUUCGUUAAUUGUUGUGAGCACUGUUAAAAACAGUCUCCAGAGAGCCUCUUCUACACCAGACCUGUGGAGCCAGACAGAGCCCAUCAUCAGCCUCUUGUCCUCAUCUGGUGGUAAGUAGGCAAUCUAAUAUAUUAUUAGUGGCACUAAUCUCUAAUUGACCGCACAUUAAAUGGAUAAUAUAGUCACCAGAAGCACUACAGCAUAAUGUAGUGGUUCUGGUGUCUAUAGCCUGUGCCUGUAGGCUUUUUAAUGUAAGCACACUGUCUUUUCAGAUAAAAGACACUUUGUGAAGACUGGCGUUGGCCCAUAUGGCAGAGCAUAUGGGCGGGGCAUUGUGAUGUCACAUGGUGGGCAGGAAAUAUGGGGGGGGGGGCGGCAAAAAUUUUAAAGUGUACACCAUAAACAUGGAUAAAUAGAUGCAUGUCUUUUAACUUAGUCUCCGUAUUGUUACCUAGAUCAAUUAUGUUUUGAUAACCAUCAAGAAAAUGUUACAAUUGGCUCCCCUGUUUAAACUAUAAUAUUUACGUUGCCAGCUGCCUAGGCUGUUGUUCAGUGUUGUGUUUUUAAUAGAUCAUCCCUAUGUGUGUCUGUUUUGCAAGGUGUUGAUUUGCUGUUUUGAAGUGGAAAUUACUAAGCAUGUGGCGAAUGCCUGCUCUAUGGGUGCAUUGCAAGACGCUGGUCUUAACAGAUUCCGUUUCACUCAAGGCAAAGUUUAAAAAAAGGCCAGCAGUCCGAUUGCAUGGGUAAUCCAGUGUAUGCCUAUUUUCACAACUUCCAAAACCUCAAGAGGAAGCGCUUGCAGUUACGCUUCUGAGUUAUGAGAAGAAACGAAAAAUAUAUAUAAUUCUGUGCUGGGUGAAUAGGAAGGAAGUCUUAUUACACAUUUUGCCAAGUAGUUGCAAAACCAUUUGCACUGAGAAACUUCGGUCUGAUGAGCCUCUGCAUUCAUUAAAUGCAGUGUUAGUUUUAGCAACGGUAUGGGGUGAACAUUUUCUAAAGAAAAACCUUGGGGAGCUGUCAGAACAUCAAAUCCAUCUUUUAACCAUGGACCAAUUGAUAAAAAAAGGGAGAAGGACCCGUCCAAAACAUUUGGUGAGUAGGACCUCGAGGAGAGCAAGGAAAGGCACACCAAGCAGGUGAAAAACUACAGCUACUAUUCAUGUUCUUUCUAACUGAACAGCCAACAUUGGUUUCCAUUCCAUGAGCCUUGUUCAGUAGACAGAAAGAUGAUUGAGAUAUACCAGCAUUUUAAUAUUACUUGUGGGAAAAAAAGACCAAAUAUAUACAUUUAUUAAAGGGACACUCCAGGCACCCAGACCACUUCUGCCCAUUGGAGUGGUCUGGGUGCCAACUCCCACUACUCUUAACCACUACCCACUACUCUGAUUUUAACUUUUUCAGUGACAUUGAAACUCAGCAGUUAAGGCGUUUGUGAGUUAAUUCAUAUCGGGUGAGAUUUAUCAAAGCAAAAAAGAUGCUAUUCUCAAAAUGUUUCAUUUAAGUGUGAGCUGAAGGAUUUCGAAGUGAAUUAAAAGUACAUUUCAGUCUUUAGUCUAAGCUAGCUGAACAUUACGGGAGUUUCUUAGAUAUGUCUUUUGUGGCCUAAAAUUUUAAAUUCACUUUGAAUUUCUUGGCACUUUAGAGACUAAGUAGCAAGUGUUAAAUGUUGAGAAAGGUUCUGUUGGUUUCCAUGGUGAUUGCUCCAUAUUUAGCACCUCGAUCCUGAAUAGCACUUGUUUUUGCCUUGAUGAAUUUUUUCCCAAUUUAUUUUUAAAAGUGAAUUUUCUUUUAGGUGCUUUUAGUACCAAAAAACUGUGGGUCCAAGUCAUAACGGAAUGUAAUGUCUUACUUCUGAAUUAAUAGACCAACGUUUUUUCACUAAACCCAGAAUUUGAAGAAAUUGCUAAUUUUAAGCCAGAAUAGAAAUAUUUUGGCUUAAAAUUUGUAUUUCCUUUGUCCGUUCUCUGUGUAUCAACUGCCAGAUAACAAUUGUGUUAGGGAUAUUCACGGAGUGUGAAUUGUCUGAAAUAUAAAGUGAAUUCAAAGGGAAUUUAUAGCUAAAUAGUUUAAAAUUCUCCAUGUUUUCAGUGGUUAUUUUGGUCUAUCAUUUUUAAAUUCACUUUGAAUUCCUGGCAAUUUCCACUUUAGGGAAUAAUUCUGUCUGCGGCCUAUAUUUCUAGAAUUAAUUUAUUAAUGAAAGGUUUACAUCCAUCAGAGAAUUGGAAAUUAAUAAAAUGUGCUGGUGCCUAUGUUGUUCUUGAUCUAUAGCUGAUAAGUCUUACCUCAUCCUAGUAAAUGGAGUGGCGUGAGUCACCCAUAGACCAUGAAAAGUCUUGUAUAGUAAAUAAUAUAAAACAAAACGAAACUGGGGGCAGGAAUCUCCACUGAACUACAUUAACCCUAUUUUAUUUCUCAUCGGUGUGAACUUAAAAUCUGCAUUGGCAAUAAAGGGACUUUCAAGUGUAGCUAAACCGGUUUUGCUAGUCUUUCGAGUGCUCUUUCAAAUGUUUCAGUGAGUCGGACAAAGGACACUGAACCAUCAAGUUUAAUUUUACCAAGAUAAAAACCCCUUUGUAUUCCAGAAAAACAAAAAAAAACAAAGGCCCACAUUAAAAUAUCCUCAAUAAAAGGAAAAGACCUAAGAGACAACAUGGAGAUACUUCUCCACAUAAAUCUUAAAAAGAGAGUUUAAAAGGCGCUCUGUCACUUAAAAAUUAAAUAUAAAAGGCAUUUUGGCCACUGAUAUACCGGACACUAGUUUUCCCAUUUGAUGUUCAUUUUUUGGUGCUGUUUCACAUGCAACUGGUCCCCAUUAGAUACAUUUUCCGUAAGAGAUCCAGCGUUUCACAUUGUGGGGGAAAGCCGUCUAGAAGCCAUGAGAGCACAGCAUCAAUCAGUGUGUGAUACAUUUAUACUACAUCUUCCUCCGAUUUAUGUUUAAUGGUCUCAUGCCUGGGCCUGCAUGCCAACUGGAUCUAUUUUUUUUAAUUUUUUUUCGUGGAACUCUCAUCUUAACUACCACGAUCACCCACAGUUUGUGCCUUUGGGUUUAUGUUGGUACUGGGACUUUGCUGCAAACCCAAGUGCACAGAGAGAUUGACUAGGCCAGGCUGGAUUGCUUACUGUAAUAUUUGGACUCUAUCUAGGAGUCAAAGUUGGAAGCACCACAACGCCAGAUAUUUCUGAUGAAAUUUACCAAGACUGAACCGGAAUCUGACUGCCUGAAUACAGAAUAGAGCUAAGACUGGAAGCCCUCACAGACAUUUCAAUUUGACCGGAUUAUUGAGAAUGGCCUUGAACACUGAGAGGUCGUACAUGAUCAAUUAUAUGAUUAGGUUGAACUUGGUAAUAGAAAUAUUCUAGAACACUAUAAUAGACAGGACUUGUCAGAACUUGACUGGAAAUGGAUACAUCUAUGGAAAUCAUGCAGUACAAUCUUAGAAGAUGAAAUUAUUGCAUGCCACUGAAACUCUAUAGUGCAUGCUUUUUAUAGAGGGCUCCUACCUGGUCUUCAAAGACCCAGCUGAGAAAAGUCUCCUAGUACUUGUGGAGCCCAAACUGCUGGACUCUUGAAGUAGACCAGUGAUGUGACCUUUGCAACAGUACUGGAGGUUUCAAGAGAUCCAUGUAAGGAUCUGGAUUGACAAUGGUCUUCCAUUAGGUACCAGCAUUAAAUGAAUCCAUACAAAUUGCUUUAAUUUAAAAAUAAAAUGUUUUAUUUAUUAACUGUGAUCCUAUCUUCAGCACUGGAAGGCGGGCGCAUAUAUGGCAGUUUCUCAGACAACCAUAGGUUGGAAUUGUAACUCAAGUGAAAAUACACAGAUGUGUGUUGUGUAGAAUUUAGCAUAUAUUCUAAUGUACAGUUUAAUACAAUUGAAGAAUGGGUUGCCAAGGUAAUAUUCUCCCUUUCCUUGGGCGUGCCCCCAGUCAGGAUUGGUAGGGUAGAGAAUCGUAUUGCUCCCUUCACACACUUCAUCCCCUAUAUACAAGGCAUGCCUUAUACACAUUCUGGAUCCCCACACACAUACUGCAUCACUUACACACACUACAUCCCCUAUACACACACUCUGGAUCCCCUACAAACACACAAACAAACUAGAUCCCCUGUACACCAAUACACACUGCACCCCAUAAACCUACACCACCUACAGCCACUACACACACUACAUCCCUUAUACACACACACACACACUAAAGCACCUAUAUACACACACACUCUCACUCUUUACAGCACCUAGACACAGAUACUACAACCUCUGACUACAUAUAUUACACCACAAACACAACACAACUAAAACUGACCGAUUUACACAAAGCCCAACACCACAAACAACUCACUCUGCAUUAAUGCAAUCCCACAUGCAGCCUCCAAAUGCAUUUACAAUGCUCUUUCCUGGCCCUUUUGUCCUUUGAUAUUCCACUUAUGGAAACACCAGAGACAAGUCACAAGCAAAGGCAGCGCAUGCAUGUUAAGUUGCUUGCGCUGUGCAGAACAAACACAAAGCCUUUUUCUCAUGUGGGCGGUCUCUGCGCAUGAUCUGCCCUUUAAGAGCAUGGAACCAACAUGCUCACUUUGGGGAACAUGCAUGUAAUUGGCAUGUAAUGCCCAUGCCGGAUAUUUUUAAAAGUCCGGUCCUGGUAAAAGGGUCCACUGCCUAUGGGUCAAACAGCACAUGGACUUAAUUUAUUAGUUAUAGGGCACAGAGGGACUGCGUGCAAGGUAAGUAUCUACUGGCCUUUUGUUCUUUCCUUCAAGGCUCUGUGGCAAACAUUUAUUUCCAGAGCUAAUUGACGUCUGCGAUUGUCUCCAUUUAUUUGUAUGAACUGAAAUUCCGUGUUCGAUAACUGACGUGACCGGUUACAAGCUGUGACUUAUGACUAUAAAUCUCCCCACGUCUUUCCUUAUCACAUAACCGAUGUAGAUAUAAUGCCGUUUUAUAAUACACAAACACUUCCUAGACAUGCAACAAGAUUCAUCUAAAGACAUUUGCUAAAAAUUAACCCUUUUCACAUCAACAACUUGCUAUAUUUUUUAAUAACAUUAUAUAUAAGCUUCUGUUGUACUCUGUUUCUGUAGCAAACCCAAGCUGUAUCUUAGCUCUGUCUCUGAAUUGUGCUGCUGUUCCACCUCUUGAAAUCGAUGAUGGUGGAGAUUGCACAGUACAGAGAAUAUUAUAAAUCUCACUCCUGUAUAAUAAACAAGCCGUUAAAUACUCAUAGGUCUAUAAUUCCACCCUUCCAAAUUAGGGUAUUAUUAUUAUUAUUAUUAUUAUUAUUAUUAUUAUUAUUCCUCCAUGCUUGGUGCAAUUUUAAUGCACAGCCCCUUAUACAAAUUUGUGAGGCUACUGGGCUUUUGAAGUGGAUAUAUAUACUCAGCACAUCCAAGAUAUGCUUGUGUACCUCUGCUUUGCAAUAUGCUAUAUUGUAAUUACAGAUCAUUCUAAUUGAAGUGCACACAUAUUAACCCCUUAAGGACCAAUGAUAGAAUUCUUCCCUCAUUACAAACAGGUAUUUGAAAUAUAUCAAAAUGUAAUGUUCCACUCCUUUUAAUAAACACAGGGCUUGUACAGAUUCAAAUAGAAAAUAAAUUGGGCAGUCCAUACUGGCAUAGGGCAUAUUGUGAAUUUUAAAGGGCUAACAACUUUAACUUGUUUUGUUUGGUGUUCCAAUGAAGCUAGUUAUGAAUUAUUUAUUUUUAUUUUUUCCUGUGAAUUCCUUACUUUUUUUUAUUAUUUCUGAUGAUCCUAUGUUUUUUUUUUUUUCUUCAAAACCUUUUACUUGCUAAGUGUGUACAUAGGUGACUUGACAUUAUAAAUAUAAUAGGCUUAUCAUGCAUGUUUAUUUAAACUUAUAUAAAUGUAGGUGUGUUGGUAUAGUGGUGUAUCGAUAAACUUUUGUAAAGAAAUUGUAUAGAUUAUAUGUCUCUCUCAAGCAGUAUUUGACAUUUCGAUGCAGAUUUUCAUCAUGGUUAGGCUUUGUGUUCAGAAAAUUAUUUUGUGUGCACACAAUCAUGUGCGUGUUUCUUGAAUAUUAACCUGAAAGUAGGCAAUAGGACAAGUAAAAAUUACUUCAUUAUUCUUUGGUGAAGUCAAUAGAAGGCUCCAAAUCACAACUCCACUAAUUGGCAAUUUGUUACUGGUGGUAAAAUAUAUGUAUAUCUGUAGACAAAAAUGAGAUUUAAAAAAUAAGUUAAAAAUUAUAUAUAAUUACAGUACUAAAAGUACUAUUGGCAUUGUUCAGCUCUGUGAAAUAUGGCAAAAUUCCAUAUUGAGUUUUUUAAAUAAGGCAGACAAAAAGAAAAUCUCCAGGCACUUGAGGUGUAAAAUCCGCAGGCAGAUUUAAUGGAACAAAAACCAGCAGCAACGUUUCGACCUGCUAGGAGGUCUUUGUCAAGCUUAGCAGGUCGAAACGUUGCUGCUCUUUUUUGUUCCAUGAAAUCUGCCUGCGGCUUAAACACCUUGAGUGCCUGGAGAUUUUCUUUUUGUCUGCCUGAUCGUUGUGGGAUUUCUGGUCCUGCUCCAGUGCACUGUGUGUCUGCUGGGAUUGAGUGCAGCUCCUAUUAUAGCUAUAAUGUUGCUGUUGUGAGCUGUAUAAUAUGUACUAAUGCAAUAUAUAUAGGGUUGUUCAAAGUGUCUUGAAUUGAAAGUGAAUUUCAAAUCUUAGGAUAAAAUAAUAGAAUUGAAAACCGUCAAUUUGGCAACUUUAUCCAAUUCAGCUGCAUACCUCUCAACAUUCCUUAUGGACAUCGAGGAACAUUUUAAUUUUAGAGGUGUUAUUGGGGAUGUGGCCAGGGGUGAGCCUGUUCUGAGAGGUCUAAGGUGACCUCUUAAUAAGAAUUUAUAAAUAUAUGGAAGAGAAACAAUGUAUCUUACACCUACCAUAAUUUGUAUGCGGCGAAUCACGAUGGGGCUGGCCCCAGCCAUCAGGGCCAUGCAGGGAGAGCCUGCUGCACGGCUUAAUGAUGCACUUGUGCUGUGUUGCCUGGGGACAGUUCUCUCCAGAUGCAGGACACCAGGGAACUAAAGCAGGAGGAGAACCUGAAAUCGGGGAAAUGAGCAUUGCUGUGACUUUCAAGUUUUAAGUAGUUUUGAUAACCUUUGGGGGUCUUUGCAUAUUUUGUAAAGACCCCAAUGAUGACUUCACCACUUGGUGUGUAGUGGCCCGGGGUACAUAGGAAUGAAGGUAUUAUCUACCUGAAACUUUCUCUCGCAGCUGCCACCAUCUCCAUCUGGGGAAUACACUUCAGCUAUUGGGUCUUUAUAGUGCUAUGAUUGUUGGGGACAGUUCCCUGGUGGGAAAAAGACAGGAAGGUGGGAAAAGUCCUAAAAAUCAGGACUGACCAGUCAACAUUGGACAUUUAGGCGGCUUGGCUUUAUCUGCCAGGAGUUCAUGUUCGUGCUGUCCUUUUGUGCAUGUGCGAGAAUGCAACACUGAUGUUUAUGGAGGAACUCACAAGACAGAGGGACCAUGCCUUUUUCCUCACAGCAGUCACUUCAAUUUUUUGACAAGUGCUGGAAAAAUUGAAAAGAGAUGCCUUAAUUGACGUGGAGCUCUGCUAUACACUCACACAUCAACAAUAAGGAACCUCUUAGAAACAAAGGCCGUGGGAUCUGGUCCCAAAAUAGACUGUUUCUUCUAUAUAGGAAUGCAAUGCAACUAUUUCGGCCUAACAUGUUUAACAUACAUUACAAUUGUAGAUGUGUCAAUUGAUGGUUUAUUAUUUUCUUUUUAUUGACAUUUUGUGUAUUCAAUUAGAAUUGCCUUUUGUGUAAUAAAUGAAUGGGCCAUAUGCAGAAUACUGAAAAACACAUUUAUAGCUAUAGGGGCACCACACAUGAAAAUAAGCUGCAAACACUUACUCGUGCGGAAACCAACUUAUCAUCAAUAUCUAUACAAAAAAAUGGAAUAAGAUAGCAAGUUGUGCUAAGACUGCCUUAACCUCUUAAGGACACAUGACAUGUGUGACAUGUCAUGAUUCCCUUUUAUUCCAGAAGUUUGGUCCUUAAUGGGUUAAAGCCAAUAUACAACCUACAAAACAUCGGAAAAGACUAACUCUCUUCCUCUGUUUUGUGGACUGUGUUUAUUAUUUUAUUUCUUUUAAGUUCCGCACAUCUUGCUCUUAUGUAUAACUCUAGCUAUUAUUUGAAUUCGCUCCCACAGUCCUUGGCCAAGAGUAGUGGGAGUUGUAAACGAGCGUUGAAUGCCCACACUCAGGAAGCUCUAAUCUACAUGGCAAGGUUAUACAGCAAUGGAAUACAACACCUUGCAAAUUCCCUGCAACUCGAUCUUGAAUUAGUAAUUGAAUUAGGAUUAAUUUUAACUCCUUGGAGAAUCCCUUUCACUAUAACCGCCUCGACUGUAGGACGGUUUCUUGAGUGGUUUUCCAUAAACAAGUUUAACUUCCUUAACGUUGGUCAGCUGCUGUGUGACUGGUACAAGGUCCGCCUGCAGACACAGUGAGCAAAUACUGACAAUCCUUACUGGAAAAUCUCUGCCUGUCUGCAGGUGUUUACAUUCAAAGUGCACAGCAAUAAAUACUGAGAGCCGCCAUGCCGUCGGCUGGCUGUCUGUUUCAGUGUGUCUGUGGGUCCUCAUUACCAGGCAAACAGGUAUGGUAAAGGGGAGGUGGGGUGUUGCGAGGUUGUAAACAAUUGUGGUCUCACAGUAAAUUAAGGCAAAACUCUCAGAUUAAUAAUAAUUUAGCUUGGAUGCUGAGUCAGUGAGGUUGAUACUACCAGAGGAUAUUUGUUGGUUCUGUUAUUAAAAGUAGUUAUGGUAGCCCAUUAGCUGGGGAGAGUGUUUUGUGAAGUAUAUAUCUGGCAACUUGGAGGCUGCUUCUGAUUGGUGAUGUUCUACUAUUUAUUUUUUAACAUUCUAAUGGUUUGUGUUGUGCACAUCUACCAAAGCUAAAUAUUUUUUAGAUAUGAAUCCAAAGCUUACAUUGUACUUGGCUGAUGCUGAAAAAGGCAUGAGGUCUGGACACUAAUCUUUUGGAGGUGUUCCUCACCUACACUAAAUAGCUGUGUGUUUCAAUGGCGGGAUAUGCUGUUAUCCACAUUGUGUUCUUUGUAGAGACUGACACGGUGGUAGUCCUGGAUGUUAACUUGCAUCCUUUGAAUUUAUGUAUGAAAGCAGCAGUUCUUAAUACAAAAUGUAGUUGGAACUAGCAUAUUAUAUUAAUUAGGCCCCAGGCAACUGUUCAUAAUAUAUCAUGCUGCAGUAUUUCUCCCACCCCCCCACUGCAUGGUGGAAUGGUUUCUGUAAUGCGAUGAGUCUAAUGAAAAUGUUUGGUAGAAUAUAUUGUUACAUUAUUUUGUAUAUUAUUAUGUUAUAGUUGAAGAAUGCAUCUGAAUCCAAUUUUGGAGUUUAACGGGCUAUUCCACUCCCCAUAACCAGUACAGCCAGUUUCCUGGUAUGGUUUGCCCUCUUACCCGGUCCUGCCAGACGCUGCGUCUCCUGUAUGACCGGCUGCGAUAUUGCAUCCGGUUUCUGCAGAUCUGGUUUCCAAUCUUGCCGACCAUUCAUUGGCUGAGAGCAUCAGCCAAUGUUUGCAAUUCUGUGCAUAGAAAUAUAUGCACAUAAUUGACAUUAGGCAGCCCAUAAAUCUAUUUCUGGACUGGAUGAUGAUGCCUAAGUGACGUUGCCAGAGGCGGAGUUACAUCUCCAGCAGCAAAGGAGUUAAACUCCGUAUGAGCAGUGUUUUAUACCGAAGUGCUGCACAUAGACUCAAGGUACCCUCACCGUUUCAAAUCACUUAUCUGGUCGUGGUGCUUGGAGUAACUCUUUAAGAAUAGGUUGCUAGACUAAAACAAAGCUACAUACAUAAUUUUGGGUCACUAGUAAAUGGUUAAGAACCUUGUAUUUGCAUUAGUCAAAGGACCACUGUCUGUCUUUUGCUGGGCAGACUCCACGUUUGCACGUACAUAUUACAGUUUACAUGUCACCAAUGUCCAAACCUUUUCUAGUUUAUGCAGAGAUUUAAUUACAUGACUAUAUAUAAUAUAUAUACACAUACCCAACACCUCUUCCCCAUAAAACUUUUAAAAAGGGUUUGAACUUACCUUAAAACCGCUCUGGGCAAAGCUUCCAGAGCUGAUCAUUCACACCAUGCCCUGACAUCACAGGGAACCUUGCGCAGUCCAGUUACAGGCUUCUCUAUGAGAAUCGUAUGAAAGUAUGGAGUGGAGAGCUUGAGUGAAUGAAUGGGGAAGAUUUUUACAUAUGUCAGCAGUGUGCAGUUUGCACUCAUGACAGAUUAAAAAUAUGCAGAGAGUUGUCCUAGGCAGCUUUGGCAAAACUAGAUCUAGCACACAAUUAACACUAUCUCAGUAUGUACAGUGGAUCAAGCUGAAACACUACAUAUACAUACCCCGGCCACCAUGACCUCUUCAAAUCACUGAUGUUGGCAUGGUGGUUGGAGCAACCCUUUAGUUAUCUUCUUACAUUUUUUCAUUAUAUCUUUUCAGUUGUGUUCGUGACUAUAGUCCACCUUUAGAUCUGUCACGUAUAAACAUUUGUAAUUGGGAGGCAGUUUUUUGGGGAGCGUAGAGAAGCAUUCGCCCCAAUUGGACAUGUACUUUUUUUUUUUUUUUGCAUGAGCAUGAAGAGUACAAACAUGCGGGUAAUGCCACAACAGCAGAUACCGGCAACAUAUGGCUAACCUGUAUACGGCAUAAGUUGAAACUGCACAAUUUUGUUAUAACAUUCAAGUUUGUCAAAAGGCUAUACUGUUGGCAUGUCGGCAGGUAAGCAACAUCUAACAUAAGAUUUACGCUAUUACAGCGUGGAUACUGACAUUCUGGUGAAAUGUUGCACAUUUACAUUUUUAAAUGCAGGCUUAUAUUGUCUGGCAUGUCACAGCUUUAAAGGGUUUGGGUGCAUGGGUAAGGGGACACGCUUGCAUGUAUGCUAGAGUGAGUAAACGUAAGACUUUAGCAAUAGUUGUACCUCCGUGAACAUAGUGUAAAUAGGUUUAGAUAUGUGUAACCUCGGCUACCGAAGCAAGAGACAAAAUUGUUCCAACAUUGGGUUAGUCAGUGAUUGGCAGAGUCGCUAACUGGUGGGACAGAAUGCAGGUAUAGGUGAUCAAAUAGGUGUCGCAGUGCUAGCUGGGUUAACUUUAGUUGGUUUGCAUUGUGUGUGACAGGUGUGUAUGCGUUAGCUUGUCUGGCCUAGGGAGCUUGGUGGUUGGUUAGGUCAUUUUAUAUGUGGCAAAUGAAAAGGGUCCAGCAAUAUGUAAAGGAGCAUGUGCAUAAACUUGCAAGUCUACAUCAUCAGCUUGGGUCAUCAGAGCUUAUGUGUCAUCGUUUAUGUGUCUGGGUAACGUGUUGCGUUGUCUGCCUGUGUUUUGGUGAGUCAUCCUAUUCCUCCAGCGGGGAUCUGUGUCAGUGGCGCCGGGUAAGCACAGGUAUUGGCUAACAGCCAGGAGCAGGCCAGCUCUUCCCUCCAGCUCCGGGCCAAUGACAAGGCCGGCAUUGUAUUCCCACAGACUCGGGAGAUGCUAGAGACCGGGUCCUUCCCUGGUGGGACAGGUCUGGGGCCUUUGGUCCAGAUGGGCUAAUGGGGUGAGUGACGGGCUGUUUUAUCUUGAUAGUGCCAGAGGGCUGUACAGUCCCCCUCCGGGUGUCGCCCCUCUGUUUGCUUUCGGUGCUCCUGAUCUCUCGCUGCUGUGCGGCAGCGUACCGCGCCUCAAUCUGUGCCCAGAAGUUGUUGAUCAGGUUGUUCAGGCGAGUGUUCAGAGGCUCGGUGGCGUCAUAUCGGUGCUCCGGAGGCACACUUUCUUUGCUGGGUUGUGUUUCCGCCAUGUCAUAUUGGCACACGGCCUGCAGGCUUUGUGCGUUGCUGGGAUCUGUGUCAGUUCUUGGAGACCACGGAGGUAUGAACGUCAGAGCUAUUUGGACCUGGAUAACCCCCGCCGUUCCUGUGGAGGGUGGGGGGGGAGCCAGGAGUCGUGGAGGCUGUUUGUUUUGAUGGGCUGGGAGAGCGGCCAUCUCUCACCUGCCCUGCGUGUUGUAGGCCCCAAGCCUCAGGUCAGACUUUCCAGCGGGCAUAUCAGGCAUGCAAGGUAUCCCCCUGCUUUAGUAUAACAAGAUGAGGUAGGUUGGGGUUCAAUCCAAGGCGAUGCUCCCCUAUUUUCCGUUGAUUAUUAGGCCCAGGCUCAGGAGCUCACAGAUAGUGUCUGGCUAGCUCCACAGUCCUGGACAUGUACUUUUUAAAAAUGUAUUCUGAUUUCUGCCUUUCACUUUAAUUUUACAUUAUUUUAAUCUUGCAUUCUGGUUGACACAGGAGAAUGACAUUCAGAAUUUCCCUUUUAUUUAUCUGUAAACAGUGUUUCAUGCUUCUCUUGUUUAAAUGAUUUGCUGUCAAAACUGUUCAAACAUUGUGUCUACACAAUUAAAUCAAUAGUGCCAUAUAAUUUAUUUUAUUUGUUUUGUUUAUAUUUCAGUUUACAUUUUCUAUUUCAAUAUGUUGGAAUAUAUAAUCAUUUUUAGAGCUAAAUUUAAUUGUUUCCUUGAAAGGCCAUCUUUAUGUUAAAGGAACGCUCCAAGCACCAUAACCACUAAAGCGCACUGUAGCAGUUAUGGUGCCAGCAGUGCCCUGGUGUCCCUCCAUUGUAAGUAGCCAAACCAUUUAUUAAUAGUUUGAUGUCUUAUCUGGGGUCCACUGAGGGUUGCUUCCCACCUUCUCUCAGUGGUCAGCAGUGUUUGAAGUUCCUGAAUGAGGUUUUUCUGUUAGCUCACUUGAGCUAAGCCAUGCCACGCAAGGCCGGCUCCAUGGCAGAGAGCAUCAGAUGGUAGCUCUAAUCCAGUGAGCUAAGCCCUGGACAGCUGGGCUUGGCUUAGACAGGAGUAGGCAACCAUCGGCACUCUUGAUGCUGUGAACUACAUUUCCCAUAAUGCACUUACAGCCGUAAUGCAGGCAAAGCAUCAAGGGAGAUGUAGUCCGUAACAUCUGGAGUACCAAUUGUUGCGCCCCUCACCGGCUUAGGCAGAGAGUUUCUGACUGAGAGGAGGCUGCAGUGGGGGUAGGGAGCGGCACUCAACAGAUCCCAGGUUAGAAGUCAAACCAGUACGGUAGUGGUUUUGGUGCUUGGGUUGUUCAUUUAAAUUACUAUAAGCGUUACCUAGUGUUUCCGGAGAAAAUAUAUUUAGAAAUUUGAAUUAAUUUUAUUUUUUAAGCCAGAAAAAGCAGAAAUCCGAGAUGAGAGUGAAAAUCCUCAGUCCGAGUGCAGCUACGUUAAAACAUUCCCUUAUAUUGUUCAAAUAUACUGGGACUACAUAAUAAAAAUGGGUGCAAAUUGACGUUUUAUUCACUAUCAAAUAUUGGUUCCUUAUCAUGGAGCGUGUACAUUGUAAGUGAAAAGUACUGACAUUUUAAAUGUUUUCAAACAAAAAUGCCUUGGACAAUUUCUUAUAGGAAAGUACUGGGUGUACAUACAGUGCACAUUGAGAUUCCACAGGUCCCUAGGCAGUUUACAUCAUUCACAUAGGGAUAGUUAGUGGAGCCAAGCAGAUUAAACAAAUUCAUAGUUCCGGGGCCCCUGUCUAACACCUAGGCCCCCUCUUGGGGUUGCCUUAUGAAUAAGCCUACUCUGGCUGCAUGGUGAAGUAUUGAUCAGCAACUCCAAGAUGCUGAAGGAUGGUGCCAGUUAUUUGGUGGGGUAUUUUUGGUAAAUUCCUGAGGUGGUUAUUAUUUUUUUUUUUAUAUAACUUUUUUGCCUUCUUUUGUCCCCCCAAAAUGCUCUAAUUUUUAAAUGUACUCCAACCAGCUCACUCAUAUGGGAUUUCCCCAAAUGUAAAACUCUACUUGGAACAAUUUUCAGAACAGAUGUAGGGAAAAAAUCCUUUAUAAACAUUCACUAAAAUUCUACUGAAACGUAAAUGUACGUCCAUUGAAGUAAACAAAUUGCAAAUAUUUUAUUGGAAAAAUGAAUGGCUGGUGGAUACUUUAUUACGGGAAAUCUUACAGGUUUAGCCGUGGGACUAAAAGUCUGUAUUGACAGAUGAAUGUUAAGUCAUAAAAUUUAAAUUAAGGGACAUUGAGAGUCAAGGAUUAUUGGCAAGUAUUCAUCAAGGAAUUGUGUCACAUCUUUCUAUGGAAUAGUCAUUUUCUGAAAACCUUCUUUUUUGUGCUAUGUAAAUGUAUUUAAAUAUUAUUUUCCCUGGUGCACCUUAAAAACACUCUUCACCUUUUGAAAAGGUUCCUACUGAAGACUCGUGGACAAAAGCCCCAUCACAAGAUGAGGAAAAAGCAGACCAUCAAAAAUCACUCUCUCGAAAAAAGUCAUCCGGGAAAAGCAGGUCGCGACCAAGGCCGCUUUCAGACUAUGGUCAAUUGGCCAUCCGUAGCUUUUCUAUCCCAGAAGACUCUGUCCCAAUGGAAACUCCACAGACCGAUAGUGGGAAGUGUAAAUUUCCCCUACGCUGUUUUAGUGAGGAGGAAAAGUUCCGCAAACAUAGCACUGAGUACCAAGGAAAUUAUAGAAGACGACCCAUUUCUGUUAUAGGUGGUGUCAGUUUUUAUGGCACGUCAGAAGAUGGAGAAGCUGGUGAUAUGCUUCAACAAGUAAGAACUUGGAAAGCAUGAAAUCUUCUACAAAAUUAAAUAUCUUCCAACUAUCCUAUAAAUCUCACUUUUAAUUGCAUCUCUUAACCAUGAUCUACCUAUAUUGCAAUCUUCAAAAUUUUAUUCCUCUGAUAAAAUAAUAAUAAACCAUGCAUGUUAUCAAACUAACUCAUAAUUUCUUGCUUUUUCAACUAAUUAUGUUCUCUUUUUGGCACAACGAUCUAUAAAGCAUUAAUUUUGUAUCUUUAUUUUAUGUCUUUUCAAUAUGUAGUUGUUUAAGCAUUAAAGCGACACUGUCAUGGCCGCAUCCAGGUUUUUGUUUUUUUGAACCCCCCUCUCUACUCCACUACAUCUUAUUGUCCCCCUAGUGACCCCCAAAUGCCCCUAAGCCCCCCAUAUUACCUAUUUUUUAAAAUCUUUUAUUUCAUGCCCGGACGUAGAUCCUGGGCGGCGCAAUUUUUGUGUGGGUAGAUGAAGUCCCUGUGGGACACGUUAUCUGCCCACACUAGACAGUACUGUGAAAUUCCCGUGCAUGCCCAGUUAAACACUUGGGCAUUCGCUAUUGUCCGAAAUACAGUCGGGAAUUUCGUCCAUUCAUCAGAAAGGCGAAGGAAUUAAUAGAAAUUCCAGACAAACAAACACUGAAUACAUUGUCAUUUAGGCCCCCCAUCCGUUUCCCAUUGGUGGGGCCCAGGGGGAGGACAAUAGGUCCCCCCAUUGUCUUUUAGGGCCCCCACCCACCUGAGAGUGGGUAAGAAGAGGAAGCAAUUAGGGAAAGGUAAGUUCGGCAUGACAGUGCCGCUUGAAAGAGAUUUGGCUUGACGGUCCCAUUAAAGGAGCCUUCUAGUGUACUAUUGUACUCAUUUUUAUUCAGAUGGAUAUAUUUCUGUUACCAUGCAAAAUUCCAGUAUUAUUUUAGUAAUUUUUUGCAUGUUGCUAAAUAUCGAAUGUAUGCUUGGAUACUCCUACAAAAAAACUAUUUUCCCUUAUAACCCUGUUACAUGAUAGCCAGUAGGACAUGUUUCUGUAAUCUGUUUAAUUAAUAGAUGAUCGGAUUUUUACUUUUAGAAAUAUCAUAAAUCCCAUUUAUUUUUUUAGUCAUUUUAGUCUUGUAACAGGCACCAUAACUAAGAUAUAGAGAAAUGCAGAAAGUGCACGUUUUUAGGAGUGUAUAUAACACAUAAAAUCAACCACUUUACUGUGACCUCAAAGGGUGGCAAUUUCCUUCCUGAUCAUGGAAGAUGAUAAAGUGUGGUGAUUACAAAGUAUAGUUACAAGACUAUGUUCUCUGCUUUGCAAAGUAUUCUUUAACCCAUUAGGAGCCAGUGAGUGUUACUUAAUAUUCUCCCCAUAUUGAUUAUUAAAAGGAAUACAAACUGCCUGUCAGGGAUGAGCCCCCCUAGCUCAUAAAACUGGUCGAUUUUAAAAACAUUUCAACAACCUAAUCUCUAUUGAAGGCCAGAUUAUAUUUUUAAUGUAAAUGAACAGAAUUUGUAGAGAACAAGGUAAAUAUUCAGUAUUUCUUCAGAAGUAGUAAAUCAUUUAGAAUAAUUGCAGGUAAGUAAUGUUUCUAUUUUUCAGAAAAUGAUAUUUUAUCAUUUUAUUUUUUUUUUUCGCGAUAAAUGAUACGACCGUGUCUUAAGGUAUUUGUUUCUGUUUUUCUUUAAAUGUAUUUAUGAUAAAUCAAUUUUUGGGUUCACAUAAAAUAUUUGUUUAGUCCAAUAUUGCAAGUCAUUAACCUAAAAAAUAAAAUAAAAUAAAAAUAACUGUUAGGGUUUGUAGUUUUGUUUUUUCACUGAACUGACAGAGUUCCGUGCUGCCUCAGUCAUAUGUGCCAGGGUUGUAACUAUCCCACGGCACAAAAGAGCAAAUAUUUCUGUUUUGAGCAAGAAACACUGUUUCCUAGUUUCCUACGAAAUGGCCACUUCUAAAAACAGAAGUGGUCAUAGUGGCUAGAGUAACACUUGAAACAUUAUAGAACAGAAUUAGAACGAAUUGGUGUCCUUUAGGCUAGGCUGAACUGGGACAGGAAAUCAGUCCAGGCACAUUUUGUUCCUCUUCAGCCAACCUUCCCCCGACCCCUACAGGUCCGUAUCAUUAUUUCCCAGCUCUGGUUUACUUCUCUACACUCACUCUACUACUUCCAAUGUGUGGGAGCUAUAGAAGUUCCCAUGUUAAUUGACUUCCAGUGCAAAUUGACUUAUUAAAGGCCUGAGCACAAAGCAACACAAGCGGCUAUAAAUCGCAAAUACAGCUUGAGGUAGGGGAGGAAACUGUGUGUUUCAGGUAUAUAAAAUGGGACUCCCAGGUUAUAUACGCCUAUCUGAUUUACAAUGUGAGUGGAGGAGAUCCAUGAUCUCUCUAAUUGCCCCUUGCAGCAUUUGUUGUUCACAUUUAUUUAGCAAGAAUCAGCCUACUCUGCAGCACUUUACAAUUUGAACAAGAAUUCCAAUACAAACUAUUACAAAUGCAAUCCAGAAACAAGAAGUAAUUAAUUCCUCUGCUCAAAUGAGCCUUUAAUUUAGAGGAUAUUUGGUACAUAUUUUUGUACGUACUUCUAGGGGGAUUGUGUAUUCAUGUUAGAGGGGAAUAAACUCUAUAGUUUAAUUUUGCUCUGCAGUGAAGUGUGCUUAAAAUCCAAAAGUAAAUGAAAGUUCUUACAGUGAACUGGGAAAAAAAUUAAAUCUAUAUAAAAUGUGUUAGUAGUGUCUCUCUAUCUGCAAACAUUUUCAAGAGAAAGUGUUGUGUACCUUACCUAUAUGUACUGCGAUACAUCUUGUGUUUUUUGUUUACAAGUUUUUCUGUAUUUUACCCAUAGCCUGUACCACGACCUCCAGUACCGGCUCACAAAGUACCACCAUAUAGAGCAGUGUCUGCCCGCUUACGGCCUUACACCUUCUCUCAGAGCACGCCAAUUGGCCUGGACCGAGUCGGCUGCCAGAGGCAGGCUAGGAUCUCUAACAGUAAGUUCUAAAUUCUGCUUUUUUUCCUGGCAUAAAUCCAAAGAUAAAUGCAAACAAGAUUUGAAUUUUGUGAAGUGCUUAGAGCAUGUUCCAUUACGGUAUAGUUUGUUAGAGCAAAUAAAUAUUAAAUGAUUUUUAUACAGAACAUAAAAGAUCGUAAAGUCUACCCUGUAAACACAUUGCUUCCGAUAAAGGUGCUGUAUAUUCAUAUAUUUCAUAUAUGUUGCACUUUUUUGUGUUUGUGCAUAAUAUGCACUUUUUUGUGUUUCAAACAUUUUAAUUUGAGAGUUUUAGGGGGUAGUUUACACAUACUAGUAUCAUAAAGAUACAAAGUUAUACAAACAAAAUACUGUUUUUCAGAUUCAGAAGAUGCAUAGAAUGUAAUGUAGCAAUAAGGUUUACAUGUAUAAAACAUUUGAAUCCCUACUUGAUAUGUAGUACUAAAGAAUAAUCCCCAUUUCUCUAAUCUACUUCCUUGUCUUUGACUUUGCUGAGCAAUAAUCUGACCUGUUCAAAGUUUGCUUUGUGGUUUGACAGGUGAUAAAACAAAGUGUGAUUUCCAAAGUGGUACAUGGAGUGUAUGGAGUACACAUGCUGAUUGCAUUGUUUCUGUGGAAAAUACCACAUUUAUAGAACGUUGUACCACACUUUAGAUCACUACAUUCUCAUAAAUAUCCCAUUUGCUGCCUCUAAUAAUUUUAAUUUCACAUAUUCUUCUGUUUUCGAUCGUUAAUGGUUAUGUUCUUUAUCUUUGUUCCAGUCUGCUCUUGCAUCAGUCACCGGAUGUAUUAAAACAAGUUUAAUUUGAUAAGUUUAAAAGGGGGACACUCUGGGCACGGGACAACUUAAAGGGACACUAUAGUCACCAGAACAACUACAGCUUAAUGUAGUUGUCCUGGUGAGUAUAAUAGCUCCCUUCAGGCAUUUUCAUGCAAACACUACCUUUUUGUAGAAAAGGCAGUGUUUGCAUUGGCCAUAGUGAUACCUCCAAGUGGCCACUCUUUAGGUGGCCACUAGAGGGGCCUCCAUGCUCAGGGCUGCACAGUACACAGUAAGCAGCCCUGCCGUUCAGCGUCCCCACGCUCUGCAUGGGGAAGCUGAAAUUUUCUCAUAGAGAUGCAUUGAUUUAAUGCAUCUCUAUGAGUAGGUCCUGAUUGACCAAAACAGCAUUUGGCCCCGCCCCAUUGCUGAUUUUAGCCAAUCCAAUGCUUUCCCUAAAAAUCGUCAAUUUUGAUGAUGUCACAAAGGGUGUGGAGCCCGCGCGGUGCUGGAAAUAAGGUGAGGUUUAAACUUUUAUAGGGCGGCUAAGGGGGGCAAGCCACCUAAAUGGUGGGUUUAGCACUAUAGGAUCACGAAUACAUGUUUGUGUUCCUGACCCUAUAGUGAUCCUUUAACUUUAAUGCAUUUGAUAGAUUUUGGCCUCAUUAACGUGCUAUUUUUUAUGAUUUUUGCUACAAAAAAAUAACUGUUUUGCAGUAUGCUGCACCAUAAUUAUGUCUCUUUAUCCACAACCCAUGUUGCCCGAAACACUUGCUUAUAAAAAAGUAUGCACACAAUCUCAGACCCAACAGCACUGAAUGAGCGUUUUUGUUAUUCACAUUCUGGAUGCAGACAGUUAGAGAAACUACCAACAGUUAGUGAUAUCUUUACUAUAAGUCUCUCUGGGUAUCCUCGCCUUUUAAUGCAUUUUGCAGAUCAUUCAGUGCUGUCAGUACUACAGUACUACAUUUGAUAGAGAAGUAUUUUUUUCUAGAGUGAGGGGGUGCGGCUAAAGAGGCAGGUCUUUUUUUUAUUUUCAUUUUUUUUUUUUUUAAGAUUCAGAAUUGUUUUUAAUGCAAAAACUAUAAAGAUAUUAAACAUGCAAAAAAAAAAGCAGCAUAUUAAAGAGCCAAUCAAAUGCUUUCCCAUAGGACUCAUUUUUCGCAGAAGUAUUCUAUCACCUUUCUGUUUAAUUUUUUUUUUUUUGGUCUGUAAUUAAAGUGUGAAACCCCCAGAAUUCAAAAUUAAUUUGUAAUGGAGCUCAUAUAGUAAGCCAAAAUAGCUGACCUGAAAUCACAGUUAAGUUAGAAUAGUUUUCUCAUGUGGCUUUUUGGGACUCUCGUUUUAAUUUAACUUUGAAUUUCUAGCAAUACAAACUUUAGUGAAUAAAGCUGCAAUUAACCUUCCAAACUUUUGUAGUAUGGAGUGUGGCAGUAAUUUUUAUUAAAUUUUUUGCCUUAUUUUGGUAGUGUUUCUGGGUACAUGCAAUUGGAAUUUCAGAGAAAGUGUUGCACGAUUAGCCUGUGGGCUCUGUUUUGAAAGGAUCACAAGUUAUUUCUCACUGUCUGUUAGUAAAAUGUUUCCAAAAUAUAUUUUAUUCUGGUUUAUUUAUCUGACUAUGUCCAAUAACUGAAAUAUAUAGCAGGGUCUUGGUUGUUUUAUUUGCAAUGCUUGUGUUUGGCAGAUCUGCCAAGGCUAACCGGUUAAUGAAUGCACACAAACCCCAUGCUGCUGGACACGAGACCUGUAACUGUGUAUCUUGAGCCAAUCUAACAUCCUGCUGUACAGAACCGGUAUUUCUUUCUGUUGCAAAAUCAUUGAGGAUAAACCAUUUAAAUCCUUUCCAAAAUGCAAAAGUUCUUUUAGAAUUACUUAGGGUUAUUUUCCUUUACUAACAAAAUAAAUAUCAACUUUUUUGGAUUUUCAUGUGUGUCCUCAUACUUCCAUGCUGAUUGGCUGAUGAACUUUCUUUCUUUAAGUUUUUGGCUAUUGGCUCCACCCUAUCUGUUUAUCCUACAUCAUUCAGCCUGCCCUGCUGCCCACCUAACAGACCCACAGUGGCAAUUACAUGCUGUGCUGCCAUGUGUCUCUAUGUAAAUUGUUAGGGAUAGUGAGUCUAUCAGGUUGAGUUAUUGCACAGUGUGUUUAAUCCAGAAGGUAUUCUCUUCUGCUUUUUUAAAAUAGUCUGCUAGAUCCUGCAACAGCCUCUCGUGUGUGAUUCUUGUUGAUUUUAACAGAGCAGGAGAUAAGGAAAUCUAAAGUAAACACACUGUGUUGUAAGAUCAACUUGACAGUGAAACUAUUUUUUUCCACGCAGGUUGGAAACCAAAGUAAUUUAACGCUUUAAGAGGACUGAGCAGUAAGACUGCAGGGGCACGAUGUGUACACAGAAAAUGCUUCAUUAAGCUAAAGUUGUUUUGGUGCUUAGCAUAUUUCUUUAAAGCUAAGUACUAGAAGUUGAUAAGGAGUUAAAGAUAAUGAGUUACCAAAAAAAAUGUAGUGGUAUGAAUAAAGAAGCAGGAGUAGCUAAAAUAUAAUCUAAAUAAGUACAAUGUACACACUCGGUGCUCUGCUGUGCCCUAAACUUUGCAUGCAGGUUUGUUCUGAAUUUGCCAUUAUUAGUUAUUUGCACACAGGUGUUUUUGCUUUUCUGCAUUAUCUAACCAUGACCGAUUUAGAUGUGUCAGUCCGUGUUCUGUAUGGAGUGGUUUAGUGUUGAUGGCACAGGCUGCUAUGCAGUAAGACUGCAAUCAUAUUGAUAGUUUUUUUUUUUUUAGCACUUUCUCCCUAAGGGUACCCCACGGUGUCGUCACUCAGAGCAUCCAAAUUCGCAGCAGCAGCACAUAAUGUUGAGUUGUCAGUUGCCUCCUAGUGUGUGGCCUGAUAAACAUGCGCUGAGGAUCGGAGCCAUGAAUAAGCUUUUCUGCAGCUCACACUGUUGAUUUAGCAUCUUUUUUUAGCAAUGUCCCUGGUGUUCGAAAGCCGAGCCCCUUGCCUAACGGGCAUUUUUUGGAGAACAGCAUGAUAGUUUUGGGAGGGGGGCAUGGCACGUUUUUGGAGUCUGGAGAGCCUUCACAUGGGUAUGUGUGAAUUUUUAUUUUAAUAUUUCUAGGGUUGUUUUAGUGUGUGUGUGUGUGUGUGUGUAUAGAGAGAUUUUUUUUCAGAGUUGCAUAGUUCUGCUCAUCUUGUAAAGAGAUAAGACAGCAGCUGAAAUAUAUUGAGAAAAAUUAUGUUUUAAAUCUUUUCUUUGCUGUGAGAUGUGAGUGUUUAUUUGCUGUAGGCACUGCAUUAAUUACAAUGUUUUUAUUUAUUUGUAUUGUGUUUCUGCUUGGAGCUUUAAAGUGUUUACAUUAAUGAAUUGCAAUUUUUAUUCUAAAAUGGCCAACUCUUGAUUCUUGAAUUGAAAGAUGUACUCCAGCAAGGCACCUCAUCCUUACCUCAUUUAACUAUUUCAGGAGAUUAAAUGCAGACACUGUUCCUACAGGGCAGUAAUGGCUUCAUGUAGCACCCCAGAUGUUUGUGAACUAUGAUUCGAUAAAUGUCUUGUUAGACAUUAGGGUUUCUGAACAUCACAGGCAAUUUAGAUCACAAAUUGUAAAAGUGCCAAAGGUAGUAAUCAUUGUGCUAGUGUGUGCACAUUUAUUAUGUAUGUUUAUUUGCAAAAUAUUGGGUUUAAGAAGUUUCCAAAUGACUUGCAAGUUUUAGGCCAGAAUUGUACAUUUGGGCACAAUGGGUAAUUGAAUAAGACUGGUGGGUGUGUUACCCCAUUGUUCUCAGCCAAUCAGUGAUGUCCAAUUUGGAUAAAAUUGACAAUGAAUUUUCAGAAGUGCUUGAUUAUCAUGUGAUGAUAAUGUGAUGGAGAUGGGGCUGUUUCUCAGCAAUAUAAAACCAAGGGAAUUGCGCUAUGCCAGUCUAGGCAAUUUCACCACUAAAGCAGUCUGUAGGAGUAACAUUACAGCUAAGGUCACAAAAUGGAUCUGUGCCUAGCUUGGCAAAGGGACACUAUUGUCACCAGAACAGCUACAGCUUAAUGUAGUGGUUCUGGUGUCUAUAGCCCUGUCCCUGCAGUUUUUUUCAGAGAAAAGGCAGUGUUUACAUUGCUGCCUAGUAAUGCCUUUAGUGGCAGUCACUCAGACAGCCACUAGAGAUGCUACCUGUGCAAGUGCUGCACAGUGUGACUGGCGUGACAUAGGAAAAAAAAGAUGAGUAAAAUCACCUUUUUAAUGUUCUAAUCAGGGCUGGGAACCUAACCUGCCAACCUGCCACACGAGCACUAAACUGUCAGCAAUACAUGUUUGUAUUCCUGGCAAUAUAUUGUUUUCAUAAUAUAGAACUAUGCACGUUAAUUGGCUACUAAUUAUUACCUGAUAUUCCAAAGGAGAAUGUAAAAUGGACUGUGGUCAUCUCUAAAAGUAGAUGCUCAAAUGUUGCCUUAAGGCUGGCAAAGCACCAUAGGAGUUGAAGUUCUUUGAGAGCUGGGCGUCUACUUUUUAGCCACCCCAGGAAUAGGCCAAAGGGUUGUCCGAAAACAAACAAUACAGUUUUACAUUUCAUGACUGUUAACCAAUUCCGGACACCUCUCUUGCAGGGAUCAGCAGGCUGCAAAAUGAAUUUCUCUCAUUCUGUGUGAGUUAACAUUGUGUCUGAUUAAGUGAGUCAGACGGAGAAUUGCUCUGUAUUUAACUCCUUCCCUGCCCAGUAACAACAUUUUCUAUGUCAAAAGGUUCUCCUGUGAUGGAAUGAUUUAGCCAUCAAACAUCCCCAUUCUUUCUCUUACGGUUGGUUUUGUUUUUUGGGAUUUUUUUGUCUUUGUUCUUUAAUAUGAAAUGCUGUGCCAGUGUGUAAUGCUGCAGUAUACUGCAGUCUGAUAAUAGAGAUGAAUCUGAUCCCAGCAGCAUGGCUCGGGAGAAAUGGCUGGAGUCAUCCGAGAAAGCCACCUUCAUAAUAAAUUUUAUUUCAAGAGGGAUAAACCAUACUAGCAAGUGCAAUAUAUAUAUAUUCAUAAUCAUAAAUUCAGGGAAUAUGAGAUUAUUACCCUAGGUUCCACACCUACACCCAAUAAUGGAUUUAUACAUUUUAUAGAAUAAGUCCUUGAUAUUUUCCUGCAUUUUUACAGUUAUCUGAGAAAACACACUUGAUCUCCCAGGCAACAUGAUGGAAAAAUUGUUUAAAAGAGUUAUUUCAUUUUUUUUUUUUUUUUUGCUUGCAUUGCUCUGCAAAAAUUAACUCAUUGGUUGUCAGAUAUUUUAGAAAACAUCCAGUUUCGGGAUGAAGUCUGUUUUUUUGUUAUCUCUGGAAAAUAUUACAGGGAGCUUUUUUGUCUGAAUAUUUCUCUCCAACCCUCUUGGAUAUCAUAUAAUGGAGAAAUGAACUAUAAGACCUUCAGUCUAAUAAAGCAUGGAAUAUCUAUCUGCUUAGUCCUCUGUUCUACAUAUUUAGUUUUUUUUCUAUACUUUUCUAAUACAAUAGAGGCACUUUCAUCAUUGUGUGCUUUAAGCUCCAACACUGGCAAACCAUCGGUGGGUGACUUCUCAUCCGAGUCAAGAAAUUCUUAAAUCUAGCUGUGUCUGUGGCCUUUCUCUUCAAAAUGCCAAAUCUGGAUGUAAUCAUCCUAACUGUAUAUUAGUUUAAACUUUGCUCCAAAUGUUUCAGAUGAAGUUUUGAACCUCCAUGUUUUACUUUAAAUGUGUAAGUAGGGUACUCUCUGGUAUUAAGAUUCUAAAAGCCAGAACUGUGAAGGAUAGAACUUCCUUUAUUGGAGCAGUUGAACCUAUUUGGAAUCCAGCAGUUAACAGCAAACAGCAUAGUGGCCUGUAGAGUAGCUGUGAGGAUAUGUCUCAAACUACUCGGACAUUGCUUUGGCUGUGUGUAUCAGACUGUAUUUAAAACUAUGAAUGGACACGUUUCCAGGGCCAGCUCAAAAGAUGCGCUCAGCAGAUUGUGACAUUGUAAGCUAUCAGCAGGAGGAGCAUACAAAGACUAUAAAAAUCUGAAAAAAUGAACAUUCAAAAUGUAUAAUUUGGUAUACAGAUAAAGUCAUUGUGCUAGGGCAAAACAACAAAAUGUCAAGUUAUACCUACACACCGGUAACAUAUGCCUUCAAAUUUAUGCAUUUCAUGCUAUGCAUUUAACCAGCAAUUCAAGGUUGUGUGUAGUUCGGAACGUAAAAUCAAAGGAGUAUCCUACUAGUAUAACUUUUAAUUUAUUUCUUUGUGGAUUGCCCUAGUGCAAUGACUGGGUCUAUAUGCCAAAUUAUAGAUGUUUAAUGUUGAUUUUUGAACAAAGUGUUGAUUGUUAGUCCUGGAAGAGUCCUUGUAUGCUUCUAUUUUUGCCUUAAAAAUUGAAGUAUAAAGGUCUAGCUGCAGCUAUCACCAUGGACAUCAGACUUCCUUCAAACUGCAUUGAUGUCUGGUCUUAACCCUCGGUCAGGCGCAACUGAUCCAACCGACACAGCCAAUAUUUGUUGUUUUGUCCUACCAAGUGUAAACGUGCAUUAUGUAUGGAACAUGCUACUUUUUAUUGUAAUAAAUGCUCAGAAAUUGCUUUCACCAAUGUUGUAGAGCAAAUGGGAUAAUAAAAAUGUUUUUAUUUGAGUAAAGAGUUUGUUUUGUAAAAAUGGCCUAUUAGGCACAAUGUGCCCGAUCCUGUUCUUACUCACAUUGCGCCUGACCGAGGGUUAAAGGAACACUAUAGCAUUAGGAGUGAAGACAUGUAUUUCUAAUACCUUAGUGUUCAAUAAACUAUUUAGAGGUUAACGUCAAAUGAGGAAAUAGGCAUUGUCAUUGAUUUCUUAAUUUAAAUGCACCUGGAUUUCUAUUUAGUAUGAUCAUUCCAUUCUUUCUCUAUCCAGUUUCAACAGAUGGUGGUGCUGAGACUUCUGCUUUGGUUGAUGACAAUGGUAGCGAGGAUGAUUAUAACUAUGAUGACAUCUGUCAAGCAAAUCCAAGAUAUCUGCAGCCAGGAGGGGAACAGCUAGCCAUCAAUGAGGUAUAUGUUUACUUUUUACUAAGCUUAAUCUUCAACUGAAGUUGUUAUGGUGCCCGGAGUGUGCACUAGGUCUCGCAUUGCUGUAAUGUUUAGUAAGGUUUAGCAGAGAUUAUCUGUCCAUGGUAGCCAGCAGGCUGGACCCCCAAUUACAGUAUGGCGUAGGCAGAGCAACGCUGAGUCUCAUUUCAUUCCAGGGAUUGGAGCAGUGAUUGGCUGAGAGUGUCCAGCUUACAUUCUAAGGCUAUCACUGCCUGCUACUCCUCGUAUGACAUGAAGCAGUACAUAGCUCCACUUACACCAUUUCGUCAGGCUGCCUGGGACCAAGAAUCUCUGCUAAGCAGUUGGUAAACCACAAAGCAGGAUCAGUUAAAUGGUUAUGGGGCUCUCCAAUGCCCAAAUAAAAGAAAAAAAUUAUAAUAAUUUUUAUACAAAUAAGAAUAGUAGAUAUACCCCCAAUGAAAACAUACAUGCAUGCAUUUAAUUAUACAUUUUUUUUAUUUUGGGGUAUAUCUUCAAAGAACACUUGAAAAACGUGUAGUAUUCUUGUCUGAAGUCUUUGCAAGCCCUUCCCUUCUAACUCAGCCCAGAAGAGUUUCAAGGAGUUGUAGUUUAAUUGACUGUUAUUAUAUAAUUUAAAAGAAUCCUAUUACUUCCAUAUUCUUUUAACUUUGACAAAUCUCUUCGGUAGAGAUGCCCUUCUUACCUUUUCUGAUUCCAUAAUGAUCUGAAGUAAACAAGUUACAAAUUUUAUAUUCUAAAUUCAUUCCGUGGAUUUUUUUCCCUUCAAAUAAAUGGACCGAGGCCACAAAAUUAUACAAGGCAAUUAGAAGACAAACGCAUUUUUUAAAUUUCUAAUGUGUUGGUCUUUGUUAGAAUGUGCACAAUGAUCAUAUUAUAUUCAUUUACGGCUUUUUUUUUUUUUCUUUGCAUACUAUGAGAUGCUGACUUAUUUGUAGUUAAAACCAAACACUUUCCAACACUAUAAACUAAAAAUAUGUGUUACAUAAAUGUGUAUUUAUAAUUGUAUUAAUAGAAAAAAAUGAAACCUUCUUUAUACAUUUUUUUUGAAUUUUUUUAUAACUCUUCAUGUGUUUUACCAUGAUAUUCAGACAAAACAAAUUACACACUUGCGUUUCUUGUAUUACUGUCUGCAAUUCUUUUCAUAUCCUGCAAAAUUUUAUCCUUGGGUAUUCUGUCAUCUUUGUAUUGAAUUAGGUGUCGGACGUGCUUGUAUUGCACUUGGUAUGGUCCUGGAUCUUGUAUUCAAUAGUGGCAAUGCAAAUUUGUAGUGUGUGCCACAAUGUUGAUGACCUCAUUAAAUAUUUUCAACCUAUGUUAUUUCAGUUAAUAAGUGAUGGCAGUGUGGUGUAUGCCGAAGCAUUAUGGGACCACGUGACAAUGGAUGACCAGGAGCUUGGCUUUAAAGCAGGAGAUGUCAUAAGGGUUCUUGAAGCUUCGAACAAAGACUGGUGGUGGGGGAGAAUUGGAGAUAAUGAGGCCUGGUUUCCUGCUAGUUUUGUCCGGGUAAGGCAUGCAACUUCUAUUCCCUUGUAUGAUUUGUAUCCGAAAGCUUUAAAAUAUGUCAGGAAUAAUUUGGGGUUAAUUUGUCUUUCUUCCCAUUCGUUCAGUUGCGAGUCAAUCAGGAGGAUGUCUCUGAAAAUUCUGGGAGCUUCCAGGAUGAAGAACAAGAUGCUGAGGCCCGUACAUUCCGACACAAGAAUGCAGAAAAUAAAGAUCAAAUGAGAACGAAUGUCAUUCGGGAAAUAAUGAACACGGAACGGGUUUACAUCAAACAUCUGAAAGACAUCUGUGAGGUAUGGCCAGAUUUUUCUCUUCCGUAAUCAAGUUUCUUAUAUAUUGUAUAGAAGCAUUUGUGGAUGGACAGCCGGCACAUCAUUAUUCAGAACUUUCUUUCCAUGUAGUUUAGUAUAACACAUUGUGCAGAACCUUUCAUUAGACAGUUUCAGUCAUCAAAAGUGUCUACAUGGUACUGUUUAAAGCAUUGCUGCCGUAAUAAACAUUUUAUUAUAGGUCUGUGUUUGUGAUGUGAUGAGCAUGAUGUGCAUUUUACAACCUCUUUAGAACAACUGUAAAGAGCUUGAAGACCGAAUAUUAGGUCCAGACUUUAGGUUAAAAAUCCUUGAGCUAGGACAACCUGCAAAAUAUUACCCACACCAGAAAGAAUAUAUAGUGUAAACAAUCAAAUAUCUUUAUACCCAAUGUAAGGUCACCAAUAAAUGCAGUCAGGUGUUAAAUUAAACCAGUGUUUAUCUACAACUUUCAAUUUUUUUUUAUAUUUUAUAGGGUUAUAUAAAGCAAUGUCGGAAACAUACAAGUAUGUUCACAGAAGCACAGCUGAAAACCAUUUUUGGGAACAUUGAAGAUAUCUACAAGUUUCAGAAGACAUUUUUGAAAGAUCUUGAAAAACAAUACAAUAAGGAGGAAUCUCACUUGAGCGAGAUUGGGGACUGUUUCCUUGAAAAUGUAAGUAUCCUGCCUUUGGAGAAGUGUAAAGUCACAUGUAAACAUUCUAGAGGUUGUAACGCAAUUAAUAUUUUAUGUAAACAUACACUCAAUGUAUUAAAUGGCAACUGUUGCAACCUAUAAUUUUUUUUUCUUUUAUGUUAAUCACAUUUUUGUGACCUUCACAAGUUGUUCUCUAUUGUUUAGAUAGCUUGACGUAUUUCAAGGUGUUUGUUCAGUGAUUCAGCAAACUAAGGGAGCAUCGGAAGGAUGAGAUGAGUUCUUUAAAAAUAGAAGAAAGAAAAAAAAAUAAUAUAGUACAGGUUACUUUCUUAGUACUACUGCAAAAUCUUCAUUCAUGUAUUUUAUGGUUCUAUUUUUGUGAAUGUUUUGUUUUAUUUUAUAAAUUGUUUAUAUGGCUCCAUGGCUUUAAAAGGCACAAUACAUUUGGGAUUCCAAUCAAUUUAUUUAGCAAAUUAGGCAGAUCCUUUUAUAUCAUGGAAGUCCAGGCACUUGAUGUUUGACUUGACAUGCAAAUGUAUUACAUACACGUAUUCUUAAUAUAAUGUGUGUAAAAUCACAUAUGGUCUUCUUAUCAGGAGAUUCUCCCUUUAACAAGUCCCAUUAUCAAGCAUUUUUGAGUAAAACAAAACGUAUAGUUCAAACUUAAUUUGUGAGGCAGGGAUUAAAGCUACAUCAGAUCCCACAGUACACGUGUCUAAUUAGGGUAAGUAGGGGAAAACAAUGUGAGGUGAAAAUGUGUAUUUCAUGUGUAUGUUUGUGUGUAUACAUGUAUGUGAAUAUAUACACAUAUGAUCAUUUUCUAACCUCUCUCAUUUCUGUUCAUUUAUUUUUCUUGUGCAGCAAGUUGGUUUUUCAAUCUACUCGGAGUAUUGUAACAACCAUCCAAAUGCCUGUUUAGAGCUGUCAAACUUGAUGAAGCAUAGCAAAUAUCGACAUUUCUUUGAGGCUUGCAGAUUGCUGCAACAGAUGAUCGACAUAGCUAUUGAUGGAUUUCUUCUGACUCCCGUACAGAAGAUCUGCAAAUACCCUUUACAGUUGGCAGAGUUACUUAAGUAUACGACACAAGACCACAGGUGAGCCUUCCUAUAAAAGUGGCAACAUGUCCUUGAAGCAGAUAUGAUGCAAUUCCAAUUUACAAGCCUCCCUUUAUGUAACUAUAUGUUUAAUAAAGAAAACGUAGAAUUAACAAUCAAUAAAUAAAGUCAAUGUUUAUUUUCACACUGCGUUAAAAUGUGCACUCGUCUAAAAUGUUGCUGGCCCCAUCUGUGGUGUGACAUGGCUUACUGUAGUCUCAUUUUCAGUUACUGUAAUUAGUGGUUUGACUUCUCAAGGUGCUAGAACAUUGUAGCAUUGUUAGAUUCUAACGGAAGUCAUCUGCUUACUUCUAUUAUGUGUGCAUCUGGUCUGUGUGUGAUAAGAACGUCCUCAGUUGCUCUGGUGUUUUGUGGUGUUGGUUGUUUUGUUUUUCUUUGGCCUUGUAUUUUACCAGCUGUUGGUACAAAAUGUUUCUAUGAUGUGUGUUUACUCUAGUUGUAAUAUGAACACUGUUUAUUUUGUAUUCAAAUAUAUAAUUCCUUCCCAAAAAAUAGACCUUUGUCUGCAGACCUGAAGUUUAAUUUUGUGGAAUCCUUUUGGAUGAUAUACUUAAGUUCUAGAACUUGCAAAUAGUUUCAAGUCAAGUAACCUUUGCAUCAGUUAAACAGGGAGGAAACUCUAACCAAUAAACUGGAUUUGCUGUACUUGUCGCCCAGAUCCCUCUAGGAAAUAUUUCUCAGCCAUCAGUACAAGCUGUCAGUGUUCACUCGUGAAUUGGGACAUUCAUGUUUCUUGGCUGUCCACAUUGUUUUGAGGUCUUCCCUGCUUAUCGUUUCCUUGACUUCCAAACAUUCUUCAUUUUUGUUCCUCUUAUCAAACCAUGGUUUUGGUAUAAUGUGUGACCAAGAACUUUCCUUGGUCUGAGUUAACGGGUUGGCCCCUCGGAUUUACAAUGAGACUACUGUUAAUUGGAUUUUUUUAUUUAUUUUUUGGCUCAGCGGGGGGACAGUCUAAAAAGUAGCCAUGUGUGACAGCAGAAAAAUAGAGUAUUCUUUCUGUGAAACGAGAGGUUGGAUUUUACUGACCCCAACCUUCAAUCUCUCUGUAAUGGGAGUUCGGGGAGAACAAAAUACACAAAUACAUUUCAUAUUCAGAUAGUCCUUUUGAACGUCAAUUGGAACUGCAUGUGAUUUGGUCUCGGUAAUAGAAUUAUAAUUUUUUUUGUGUGGGAUGUGAAGGCAUUUUUAUCCAUCCUGAAACUUGGAGGACAAGAACCUAGAAUAUAUUACAUUUGACUUUUAUUGUUGUAUCGUUGUUCAAGUCCAUAGCAUUUUAGUAGAACCACGUCCAAUUUUAACCAUAUUUCAGGGGAUGUGUUGAAUUAUAGUGAAAGAUCUGUUGUUGGAAGCUUACGGAAACAUAGUGGAGGGUUCCCCUAGAAUGCAAGUGAAAAUGCACAGAAUAUUGUUCCAGCAGCUGCAGUAGAAAUGAAUAAAAGGAGGAAAUUUGAAGGAAAUCGAAUGUAAACAUGAGUUUUUUUCCUGAGCAAGAAAUUUAACAGAGGGAAUGUUGGAAGUCUAGAUCAGGGGUGCCCAAAAGGUAGAUCCCCAGAUGUUUUAUAAUUACAACUUCCAUGAUGCUUUGUGGGAGGUGUAGUUCUACAACAUCUUGGGAACUACCUUUUGGGUACCCCUGGUCUAGAUUAUUUUGCCCUUUAACAGCCAUCAAAACCAUAAAUAAACAAUAUCUCUAUAAGAGUAAGGCUGCUGUAAGACUUGGGUGGUGUGAAAAACAACCAAAAACCAAAUCUGAUUAAAUCACACUUUACUACUGUAAGGAAGAAAGGAUACGAAGGAUUAAACAUAUAUAAAGUAAACCUUCAAUUGAGAGACAAUAAUUUUCAUCACGUGGAUUGGGGUUAAUGCUUGGUAUGAAUUAUGAUCAGCGUUAAAACACGUUAUUAUUAUAAUUGUCAUACUGACUUAAUCAGAUAGUAAAUGGUGUUUAUUUUGCAGUGAUUACAACAGAAUAAAAGAAGCAUAUGAAGUCAUGAAGAAUGUCGCUUGUUUAAUUAAUGAGCGGAAAAGGCGCCUGGAGAGUAUAGACAAGAUCGCUUGCUGGCAGGUCUCUAUCGUAGGAUGGGAAGUAAGUGGCAUUUACAGUUUUAUUUAUUUGGUUAAGAAAAACUCCUAGAAUUCAUUUGUUGUUGUUUUUUUUAAAAUAAUAUUUAAUGUUGUGACUUAACUUGAAAUCCAAGUAAUUAUAGGCAUGGCUAUUCUAACACACACAAAAUAAAAUUAGAGGACGUUUAGGGCAAUAUGAAAGAAUAAAAUGAAAGUAAAAGAGACUAUUGUUCACAAACUCAAAAAAUAUAUAUGAUUGGUCACUAUACCGAUCACUUUGAUCUCAAGAAAUAGAGGCAAAUUAAGAGAUGUAAAAAAUAAUAAUAUACUUAACACACAUAAUUGUUCUGGCUAUGUGGAAGUAGAUGGCGAAACCGGGUAGUGCUUUUGGGACCUUGGUGAAAAUAAUCCAGGUGUGUGGAGCAUCUAGCGGACACCCAUCCCCCUCAUCCAAAGGGGUUUGUAAUUAUUACUGAAGUUAAUGAUCACACAACAUGAUGAGUCUAUUCAAUUUCACCGAAGUGGCACAAAGCCAGAACAUUGAAACUUACUUCUACAUUUGGAAUACAGUGCUGCCUAGAGGAAACAUAUCAACCAAAAAAUAAUAAUUGGCAUUUUGGGACUGUAGGUUGCCUUUUGUCCACGUCCUUUUGCGUUUAGUUUAUGUAGUAAAAUAAAGACUACUCACCUCAUUUCCAUUGCUGGGACUCCUCUGCUGUAGCUGCCAGCUCUGCCUUUGAAGAGGCUUGCUGACGUCUACGUGAUCUCCUCCACUCCAUUGUUUCUCUAUGAGAAGCAAUGGAUUGGAGUUAUGCAUACGCGGCCAAACCCUGCUCUUCUCCAAUCAAGUGCUGCUAUCAGAAAGAUUCCCAGACAGAGUUUUUUACUUUUUUGGAAGCAGUUCCAAAUAAUUAUUUACAUAAAUAAUGUAUAUAUUUUGGUUAAAAUUUAGAUUUAUCGUUACUUUUCUCAUUAUUACAUAAGGAUCUAGUUCGGAAAGUUUAGGAACAUUUGUUUCUCCUGAAACAUUUAGGCGCUCUACCAAUGAGGGAUAAUUCUAAAAAAAUAUGUAUUUUUCUUAUAUAUGAUUAUUUCUUACUUUCUAGGGGCAAGAUGUUUUAGCUCGAAGUUCUGAACUGAUCCACUCAGGAGAAUUGAGCAAGGUCUUCAAACAAGGAAAAAGUCAACAAAGGACAUUCUUUUUAUUUGACCAUCAGCUGGUGUUCUGCAAGAAGGAUUUACUUCGCCGGGACAUUUUGUAUUACAAAGGUCGUAUUGAUUUGGACGAAAUGGAAUUUGCUGAUGUGGAAGAUGGGAAAGACAGGGACUUCAAUCUAAACAUUAAAAACGCUUUUAAAGUAGUAAACAAAGAGACAGAUGAAGUUCAUCUGUUUUGUGCAAAAAAACAAGAAGACAAGCUGCGAUGGCUGAAGGCCUUCAUUGAUGAGCGCAAACGAGUGCAAGAGGACAAAGAUAUGGGUAUGUUUGCUUAUUUUUAUUAACAAUAUAUGUGGAAUAGUUUGUACAAAUAUGGAAAUAAGAUGAAAUGCCAUCACUCUCCACUUUUUAAGGCAAAAUUUUUAAUAAUUGAGGUUAUUGGUUAAUUCUAGUGAAUAUUAAUACGGUAUGUACUGAGUUUUACUUGUCUAAACAUAUUUUUUUUAAGGAACACUAUAGGGUCAGGAAUGCAAACAUGUUAUAGUGUUAAACACACCAUCUAUCUCUCCUGGCCCUCCUGCCUUCUAAAAUAUAGUAAAAUCUUACCAUUAUUCCAGUCUACUGCUGCUGGCUCUGCCCCUGAUCUGCUUCCUUGUAGUCAGUAGUGGUGAUCUCAGCCGUUCACACGGCUUCCCCAUAGGAAAGCAUUGGAUUGGCUGAGCUUGUCAAGGAGGCAGGUCAGAGGCAGAGCCAGCACAAGCCAAACACAGCCCUGGCCAAUCGGCAUCUCUUCAUAGAGAUGAAUUGAAUCAAUGCAUCUCUAUGAGGAAAGUUCAGUGUCUGCAUGCAGAAGGUGGAGACGCUGAAUGGCAGUGCAGCACUGGCCCAGGAAGAACCUCCAGUAGCCAUCUGAGGAGUAGCUACUGGAGGUAUCCCUAGGCUGUAAUGUAAACACUGCAUUUUCUCUGAAAAGACAGUGUUUACUGUGAAAAGCCAGAAGGGAAUGAUUAUACUCACCAGAACAAAUACAAUAAGCUGUUGUUCUGGUUACUACAGUGUUCCUGUUAAUAUGGUGAAGGAAUAGGCAGCAAGUGGCAGAUGGAUCGCCAGAUGGAUAAAUUAGAGCACCGGAUCAGCUAAAAGCAGUGAGAUUUAACGUAGGCAUAUCUAGUAAUAUAACAGUUUGGGAAUAAUAACAAAAAAGGUUUGCUUCAAGGUUCCAUGGUUUGUUGCUUUUACAAGUGAUCUGCAUGCAAGUUAGUUGGUCAGUGACAUCUGUUAGCCAAUCCUAGCUCUCUCUUACUGUCCAGGGAGAAAUCGGACUACCAUUCUAGAAUUACAAAUUAAAAUAUCUAUUAAUGCAUAUUGUGGCAAAAGCAGAUGGCAGACACACGCUACACCUAUUACACACAACCAGUACACACCACACACAUUACAUAUAGUCAACACACACCAUCACACACACACACUGUGGGGGAGGACAGAGGGCAAGACUUUUAUCUCCAAAUUUUCUCAAAUUAAAUCCAAAUGGUGAGAUUAAGGCAAUAAUAACUAGUUGUGACUAUAUCGGAAUUGGCAAAAAAUUUCUGAUCCUCUAUUUUAGCCUCAGUUUUUUUUUCAUUUUAUUUCAGAUUUAAUCUGGAAAAAAAUAGAGUUCACUGCAUAACCAAUGUCAAGCUAUAAGCAGGGUCCCCAAACCUUCUAAUUUGAAAUUAUUUUGUGUCUAUGCAGUAGAUUUCCGUGACGGAAAAGAUUAUACUUUUUAGCAAUAUAUAAAUAAUCUUUCCAUGUUUGGUAUUUGUGGACUAUAUAUGUGUGUGUAUAUAUAAAUGGCGUUUUUAAGCAUGGAAGAUGAACAAAAAUUCCCAUAAAUGUAGAUUUCUAUUUUUUUUACUACAUUCCAAAUAUCGGUACAGAGAUAUUAAAAUGAUAUAUUUAUUUAUGAGAAUUUAUUAAACGUUCUGCCAGCACAAUGAUUUAACAACAAGAUUUGAAAUUGUAUAAAAAAUGUAAGAAAAGCCUUAAUUUCUUUUAUCAAGUGCACGGUGGUCAAUAAUCUGCACAAUCAGAGAAUAACUUACAUUUCAGAUUUCCAAGUACAGAUUUUAAAGCUUGGGAAAUCCUAUAAAAUCUGUUCUCCUGGUGUUGAUUUACGAUGUGUAGACCUUUAUUUAUAUACUUUGAAAGUGAAUAAAAUUAGAAAAAAAAAUCUGUGGUUUUUGAGUUUUUCGAAAAUGUAGUUAGUCUUAUAACCUGAAUGGUUUUGGACAUGCUUGGUUUUAGAAGGAAAAUCACAGUCUCACAAGUUUUGUUGAAAAUGUUUAUUUUAUUUAAGGGACGUUCUAACCACCAAACAACUACAUCUUAAUAUGGGGGUUUGGGUGCUCAGAUCCUGUCUCUGCACUCUAACAAAUGUAAGCAUUGCUGUUUGUGAGAAAGUCAGAAUGCUUCUAGUGCCUGUCAAUCAAUCAAUCAAUCAGUUAGACAACCUGUUAGAGGUGCCUCCUCAUUGAAGACUUUCAGUCAUGUCAAACACUGUAAAUACCACGUGUAGAGAAGCACUAGAUUAAAAACAUCUCUGAGAAGCAUCCAACACUUCUCUAUGAUAUAUACAGGAAAUAGUGCAGCGCUAUCUUAGUGUAAUACAUAGACAAUUCAUAUAUAAAUAUGUAAUAAGACACCUGGCUUAACUUGUUAUUGAGGAACUUCAAUUCUGUGUGUGUUUAAAAACAAUUGCAAGGUAUAUAAAAAAAAAAAAAAAAAAAGCAAAUUGCACACUCACAAUUUCCAGAGCUAUGUAACCUAGCACUGGAAUGUAUCGCUUAUUGGUCCUUUAUGGGCGACCACUCCCCCUUCUGGAUAUUGUAGUAAUGGUGUCUUUCCUUUCCUGGUUUUACUCGGGAUAAAAGAAACACAGUAAUGGUGCAGAUCCCCUUAUACUUCCAUAUGGUGAAUAAACCACAAUUAUUAUACUCACAAGUGUGGAGCCUAUAUGCCGGCUCUGUAAAGGUGCCUAGUGUGGUUAAGGACCACACACCCUUCUUUAAAACUGCUGGAUUCCAAGUUGAUUUUUAAAAACUGAUAUUUAUUUUAAUAUUUAAAAAUUUUUAAAAACGCAAUAAAACAAGCUUAUUAAAUACCAGAUAUGAAGGUGAAGUCUAUAGUAGUCGUGAUACACAUUUCGCUGUCCUAUGGCUACCUCAGUCUGGUUAUGUUCAUGUUGUAGCAGCUUUGUUUUAUUAAAAAAACUCCAAAUUUGGUAUACUGAUAGAGUUGAUGAGCAUAUACCUCUCGAUUAAAGCACACACGAAUCUAAGUUUGUUUUAUACUUCUCUGUGAUAAGCAUUCCAUUGGCCCAAGAUCCUCACUAAUGAGGAGUGGCAGUGUUCAUUUAACUUCUUUUCUUUCCCUCCCCCUUCAUGUUUCAUGGAUUGCAGAGUCUUGGUAUUGCGUGGUAUAACUUAUGAGUAAUAUUUUUUUAAAAAAAUUUAACUUUGAGUCAGCAGGACGUAAAGAAUGAAUGGGAAGGGUAUUUGUUCCCUCUGUCACUUCCUCAAAAGCAGUGAACACUAUUUCUACAUUUGGAAACAUCGCUCUAUACGAAAUAAUAUAAAAAGCUUGCAAAUGUGUUCCUGUAUAGUAAAACUUCCUGUUCAUUGUAAAUUAAAUGUGUUUGUGGAAUUCAUGAAUAAUUUUUUUUAAUAUAUUUUAGGAAUGGAGAUUUCAGAAGACCAAAAGAAACAAGCAAUGCACAAUGCUAAGAAAUCAAGGCAAGGCAAGAUGAAAGGUGAGCAAUGCAUACAAGGGGACCACUAUUUCUUUAAAGGAACACUAUAGUCACCUAAAUUACUUUAGCUAAAUAAAGCGGUUUUAGUGUAUAGAUCAUUCCCCUGCAAUUUCACUGCUCAAUUCACAGUCAUUUAGGAGUUAAAUCACUUUGUUUCUGUUUAUGCAGCCCUAGCCACACCUCCCCUGGCUAUGAUUGACAGAGCCUGCAUGAAAAAAAAACUGGUUUCACUUUCAAACAUAUGUAAUUUACCUUAAAUAAUUGUAUCUCAAUCUCUAAAUUGAACUUUAAUCACAUACAGGAGGCUCUUGCAGGGUCUAGCAAGCUAUUAACAUAGCAGGGGAUAAGAAAAUCUUAAUUAAACAGAACUUGCAAUAAGGAAAGCCUAAAUAGGGCUCUCUUUACAGGAAGUGUUUAUGGAAGGCUGUGCAAGUCACAUGCAGGGAGGUGUGACUAGGGUUCAUAAACAAAGGGAUUUAACUCCUAAAUGGUAGAGGAUUGAGCAGUGAGGCUGCAGGGGCAUGUUCUAUACAACAAAACUGCUUCAUUAAGCUAAAGUUGUUCAUGUGACUAUAGUGUCCCUUUAAACAUUUUACUUUUAACAGAAACUGAUCUUAUUAGUAUAUUUUCCUUUGGCAAAAGCGAGAUGUCGAUCGUAAUGAUCAUUUAUUAGUUAAGGGCUUCAGAAGAGCACUCUCAAUUAAUUAAUUCAUUAAAGGAUUAUGCAAAUUCCAUAAUGAAACACAGCCUUCACAUGGCCUUGCACCAUGACCACUUCAAAAGACUGAACUGGUCAGCUGAUGCCGGGAGUACCUUUUAACAGAUUUUCAUUUAGUCAAAAAGUUUUUCCGAGCACCAUAAACCAUAAUUCUUGAAUAGGCUAGGAAGUAAGUUCAUCUCCUUCCAUAACAAAAAAUGAAUGCAGAUAUAAUAUCCCAUUGAUUGAUGAUCAAGAUUCUUCUAUGGUAUAAGCAUGCUGUCUCUCUUAGCCAGCUUCAUAUGAGAGAGCAUGUAUACAUGCAGCCACAAAUAGUGUGAGUCACAAAUACAUGGCUGCUAAAUUUAAUGUCAGGAUUAGCUGAGAAAACUAAUUUCCUGUUCCCUGAUUUGCAACAACCUUUGAAGUUCAAAUGUCCAUAUCUUUUUCCUUUUUUCAUAUAAUUUAUUUUCUCCUAAUGUUAUAAACACGUUAUUUUUGCAUAUUUAUUUUUAAUACAAUACAAUAUCUCCAUCAUACAUUAAAAGGUCUAGGGUCCUGUUGUGCCUAGAGUAACUUUUUAAUGGAAUCCUAAAAUUCAAGCAGCAUAUAGUGUUAGUCUGCUGUGCGAUAACCUCACGGUCUGAUUGCAGUGUUAAAAGGGAGAGGGGGGGGGGGUGAAAUCUUUUAAUCUGAUUUAGCCGUCCUCAUAAAUCAAUAUACAUGUGUGGAUCAGUGAAGCUCUGCCUAAUUGUGAUGAUUAUGUGUCACUUCUAUUCCUGAAACAAAUAAAACAAACCCCCAGGCAUUUUGUAACCCUGGCGUUGUGACAUUCACUGCUGCUUUUGUAUUUACUCAUAAAACCAGAUUGAAUUGUCACUGCGCAAAGAUAAUACCGACUUCACUGAAGGCCAUAUUGAAUUUGUUCAAUUUCAGGUCAGCUGUAGCUCUGUUUGUAUCACUAGAUGGUAUGCUUAAUAUUGGCUUUUGGAUGAAUGGCUACUGUAUUGUUUACUUAGAGUCUAUUUUGUGGAAAUAAAAAGCAAAACAGAUACGGUUGAUCUGGUCAGUUACUGCAUAAAUUACAUUAUAUACAUAAUUACAUAAUUUAUAAAUUAUGUAUUACAAGAAUGCAGUGAAUAGAUAGAGGACGUAGACUCCUUGACAAUUAAAAACUGUUGUCAGAACUUAGAAAAACUCACAAAUUGAUGGUAAUUUGAAGCACUGGCAAUUUUGUGGCAUACUGACCCUGGAACAUUUGGCAUAGUCUAAAGGAACCUCUCAGACACCUACAGGCUGAUCUCCCUCCUAUUAGUGACGCCUGUUGCAUCACUAGUUAUUUUGGCACCCAGAGUUGCUUGUCCAAGGACUUUGCUAACCAAGCCUUAUCUAUAGUCCUAGUUGUUAGACAUAGAUAAGGGCACCUCAAAAGGUUAUUGAUAGUCAAUAAAGACUCCUGAAGAGAUCCCUAAUUUAAGCAAUCUGUGAUACCCCGGUAGUAAAGCACCAGUUGACCUGUCUAAUUAUUUGGAAAACCGGCUACAUCUUUAAAUGACCUGCAUAGAGAAGGGUCGUCAACCCUUGUACACUAAAAUUUGUUCUUUAACUGGCGAUGCCAUCAAGAGUCCUCAAAAAAGAAAGAAUGUAAAUCUUAAACGUUACUUAAGUUAAAGGUCUGUUAUCGGUAUUAUUAUUAUUUUUUUUUUUUUUUUUUAUAAAGUCAAAUAACCAAUGAUCUAUGCUACAAUGUAUCAUCAAAUGUUAUAUCAUGUAUGAAAGCUUUUACUGAACAAAUACGAUGACCUAAACUGGCUUGGUUCAUGGAGUAGCAGAUCUUGAACUUAGUUACCAUUGUCUGUAUAAUGUAAUGUUCAUUUUAAGUACCAAAUGCAAGUGACCACUAGCUCAUUUUUCUUUUUCUUUUUUGAUUUACAAAAUUUGUGCUUUCAUACAGGUGUUUCUUACAAUGGAUUUCCUUCUGUACCGUCUCAUCAAAACCUGCAUCCGAUCCACCAACGGCACAUCACAGUCCCCACCAGCAUUCCUCAGCAGCAGGUAUUUGCACUGGCUGAACCUAAAAGGAAGAAUUCGCCUUUCUGGAACACAAUCACAAAACUUACACCAUUCAAGAAAUAA